CGCAUGAAAACAUCCACCGGUCAAUGAUGGCUGAUAAAAGUCCAGGAAAGCCUCCUUCCUCCGGGAACGACGACGACCGCAGUCGCCCUGAGAAGCACAAGCGGUCGCUCCUUAACAAGGUGUCCUUCUUCGAGCAGGUCUGGUGGGGGCGAAACAGGUCGCCUUCGUUAGAGAGGAAGGCGCCACCAUCAGCUGAACGCAGGAGAUCCCCUUCAGUAGAGCGUGGAGAAGAAGCCUUACCUGACGAGGCUGAUGCCGGCCCCAAGAAGGAGAAGCGCCCCCGGCGGGAGAGCGCCAGCCCGGGUAGGGAUACGCCCCAGGGACACCGCGGCGCCUCCGCCAAGAGUGACGAGGAGUGGGAGUGGGUGGAGGACGAGACGACCUCCACCUUGGCAGAAGACAUCGAGCGUCGCCUCGAGGAAAGACGACGUAUGAGGUCGGGAAGCAUGACCCCGACCCGAGAGUGGGCUCAGCUCCGCCGGAGCACCGAUGAUGACAAGACUUGUGGCGAGCGAAGAGGAUCAACCCCUGAGCCCUGGGAGUCUACCUUCUCUGCUAAGGAAAGUUCCUUGGCUGAAGAGAUCGAGCGUCGACUGGAGCACCAUCGUCAGGAGGUGCUGCAGAAACUGUCGUCGCCGGUGAAGGAGUGGCCUCAGCUCCGUCGCUCCCCCGCCACGAGGUCCAGCCGCGGCACAACACCAGAGAGACAGACGCCCGACCUCGGCGCCACAUCCACCAGCAGGAGACGCACCACUAGCGGCGACAACACCAGCCGCCGCGAGAGAAGUGCUUCCCCUGGUCGACACACUGUGGUGCGAGAGGUGGUGACCAGCGCUGAGCGUGGAGACGGCGUCACCACACACACCACCACUCUCUGGGACACCGGGGCUGGCAAGCCACACGUAGAAACACGCACCACCACUGACGAUCUUCAGGAGGAAGAUCCCAGCAGCGUUGGGCGUGACGGAUACACACGUGUGGAGGAAGAGCAAUACGAGAGCCGUGAACGUGGCGAGCGGAAGAGGUACAACCGCGUGGUAGUUCGCCGCAGUCUUGACAGAGCUGUCACUACCUCGCCGGAACCUAUGGAGCAGGAGCUGGUCUCGCCACGACUGACAAGUCCCCCACCAGACACCACGACACAGUCCCGCGACACCCGCAGCAGGACUCCCUCGGAACCCAAGUCACGUUUACGCUCACGAACGCCCUCAGUUGAACGUAUCCUGGAGGUAGAGGAAGAAGACACAACGACUGUGUCCUUUGGUUCCUCCACUGAUCCUAGAGUCGAGGGCCAGCGACGAGAUACUUACGACAGCAGUGUAACCCUCGAACACUCCCCAGGCAAAGUCCAGGGCUCAGACGAGAGUCCGACUGAGUCUGGCAGGGAGUCGAGGAGUCCUGAAGGUGGUCUUACUAUGGAGGCUGUGAGCACGGUACAAUGGGAGGGUGGCGGUACUAAGAACGAGGUGCGACGGUACAGCAGUAAGGUAAAGAUCCGCGACAGGGAUCCCGCAUAUACCAAGUACGUCCUCACCUCGCGUACCACCUCCCGCGACUCCCUCUUCUCCAGCCCUAGCAGCGAGGACGCCCCCAGCUGGGACGGCAGCGCCCCAGCUUGGGCCUCGCGCACCGGACAUCAGGACGAGGACGAGGAAGACAACACCCCCAGCGUCUUCCGCUUGCGUUCUCACCAAUACCAGGAGCACAUCUCUACCCUGAAAGAUGAGCAGGAGAGAGUCCAGAAGAAAACCUUCAUGAACUGGAUCAACGCACAUUUAUCUCGGCAUGUUCCACCGCUGAAGCUAAAUGUGCUGAUCGAGGACUUGAAGGAUGGGACGGCGCUGCUGGCCCUGCUGGAGGUGCUGUCGGGGGAGAAGCUGCCCAUUGAGAAGGGCCGCGUCCUCCGUCGUCCCCACUUCCUCAGCAACGCCAACACUGCUCUACAGUUCCUGCAGAGCAAGAGGAUCAAGCUGGUGAACAUCAACCCGACGGACCUGGUGGACGGGCGGCCGUCAGUGGUGCUGGGGCUGAUAUGGACCAUCAUCCUCUACUUCCAGAUCGAGGAGAACACCCGUCAGCUGGAGCGCCUGAGCCAGCUGAUGGAACAAGAGGGUGGCUCCAGGAGCGACUCGCCCUUCUCAGUGGGGUCGGCGACGGAGGGGUGCACCAUCUCCCGUGACAGGCCGCCCUCCGUCACCCGUCGGUCUGCCGCUGCCGAGAAGUGGAAGAUGGGGGCGAAGAAGGCCCUGCUGGAGUGGGUCCGACAGACCAUUACCAAGAAAUAUGGCAUAGUUGUAAAUGAUUUUGGCUGCAGUUGGCGUGACGGGACAGCAUUCCUGGCUCUCAUACAGUGUAUCAACCCACGGCUUGUUAACCUGCAGUCAAUGAAACAGAUGACAAACAAAGCUCGUUUAGAAGCUGCAUUCCGUGUUGCUGACAAGGGCUUGGGCAUCCCUCGUCUGCUCGACUCAGAAGAUGUGGAUGUGGACAAACCUGAUGAAAAGUCCAUCAUGACCUACGUGGCUGCAUUCCUUAACAAAUUCCCAGAGCCAGGAACCACCACAGUUCCGCCAUGCACAAGUCCAACACUGGAAGCUGCAUCAUCAGGAGACAUGUUCAGUGAAAUAGAAAUGGAAUAUUCCGAGCUGACAACUUGGCUCUCGCACACAUCCAACUGGCUUGACACCCUGCACGAUCCAGCAACACAUGGCAACAUCAACUAUGAGAGAUUCAAAGCCCUCAAAUCCGAAGCAGAUGAAAAGGCAUUGAUCUACGAGAAGCUCAAGGGUUUGGUGGAGUCUCGGUCAUCCAUGGUAUCCAUCACAACCGACUCCUGGGCUGACAUCACAGCCUCCUGGAAUAAGGUAUCACUUCAGAUGUCACAUUGGACCUGGCUCUUAGAUGCAACUCUCCCAGGUGCUCUUGGUCCCAUUGGUGAGUGGCUGAGCCGUGCUGAGUCUGUGCUCGGCACUGAAGACAAGCUUUAUGGAAAGAAUGAUGAGAUUGCCAAUUUGUUAAGUAGAAAGAUAGAAGAACACAAGGCAUUCUUCGCAGAGCUACCAUCAAUUGCAGCAAAGUUUGAGGCAGUGAAAAACUCUGCUGAUGCAUCUUCCAUCCCACAACAGCAGCUUGAGUACAUGGAACUGAGGCUAAAAACUAUUGCCCCUCGUGCAGCACAAAGGAAAAUCAAACUUAAGUACCUGGAACACAGAUACUGCUUGGUAGCAUUCCUGAUUUUAGUGGAAGCAAAACUGAAGACUUGGGCUGUGAAAUAUGGCAAGGAACAAGAAGUUCAGCAAAUUCUUGCGGAAUACCGAUCCUUUGUUGGAACACGAAAUAUUUUCCAAGAGUUUGAUCGAGCCUUCCACGAAAUGCAACAGGUUUCUGAGGCAUAUAAAAAAGAUUCUAAUCUAAGUAAAGCUGAGAGUGAUGGUAUUGCCAACUUCUUGCUCGAGAUGAAUGAACGAUGGAAGAAUGUUUCGGUGGAGUUGAGGUGUAUUCAGAGUCUGCUGGAGGAGGUCAUAACCUACUGGAAAAAAUUCAUUGAGCUCACACAAGAGUUUGAGGCAUGGUUGGAUCGGGCCUUGGCCAUGGUCAGCCUCUCUGAAGAAGAUAAGAUGGAUUACUUUCAGGAUUUGGGUGAAUGGAAGGAGAAGCACAGUGAAAUGAAUGAAACUGGUAACUUCUUGGCUGCCACAUGUCGUCCAGAAGUAGCUCAAGAGAUCCGGGAAAAACUCAUCACAGUUAAUACCAAAUGGGAUGAACUCUUCCAGUUUGUGCAACAGUAUCUUCAUCGUGGGCAGAUAAUGCGAACCAAAAACGACUACCAGUCUGGACAGGACCGACUUGAAUUGUGGCUUGAGAAUGCUGAGGUCAUUCUUAAUUCCACAAAUGUGUGUACAGUUGAAGCAGUGAAAACAUAUGGAGAGCAGCUUAAAAAACUAAAUGCUGAUAUUGAAGAAAUGGAACUACUCUUCAAAAAUAUUUCUAAGGCUUUCCAGGCUCUAGUUCAAGACUUAUCACCUGAUGAGAUUGAGAGAAUGAUGUGGUCUCUCAAGCAAGAAAAGGAAGAGCUAGUUAGAUAUCGAGCAGUCAUUCCUCAAAAGAUGUACCUUACAACUCAAAUUAUAACUCAACUGGAAGCAGUGGACAGUGGAAUUAUUGAAAUAAACCACUGGCUAGAUGAAGCAGUGAGCCUCUUGGACUCCUUUACACUCCAUGGCACAAAUGAACAUAUGCAGGGCCAACUUACUAAACAUAAAAGUGAAGAUCCCGAGUCACCCUUUUCUUUCAUCGCCAUCAAUGAGACGGCAAGAAUCCAACUAGAGAAACAUAGGGCCUUCUUUUCCCGCCAACUGUACUAUAAGUCAAUGCUUGACACAAAAAAUCGUGUCUAUCAAAAUCUUCUGCGGACUACAAAUGACGGUGAAAAUCUUAAUGUUCAAGAUCUACAAGAAAAAAUAAAUAAACUUAAUGAGAGAUUUUCCAGUGUGACUGCUGCUUCUGUAACGUGGGAAACUCGCAUGAGUGAGAGUAUUCGAUGUUGGCAGAGCUUUAAGGAGUGCGAAUCAGAAGUCACUGAGUGGAUAACUAGUGCAGAAAAACUAUACCAGGAGAAGGCCAUUACAACUAAGAGCUACCUGGAAACUCAUAAGGAUUUUUUCAUCAAUGCUCCUGAGCACCUUCUCUUGAAGGUGAUUGCUACUGGACAGGAUUUACAGAAAUUCAUAGCCGAGUCCGAGCAGGAUGCCAUUAAUGUGGCCAUCAAAAGUAUACAGAGCCGGUGGGAUGAUGUGAUGUGCCAUGCUCCACUGCAUCUGCUUAAGCUGGAGUUCCGCCUUGACGAAAAUACGUUCCACAUGUAUGUACGUGAUAUUGAGAAGGAAUUAGCCAGCGAACAGAAUGCAUACAAUAAAAGUGAGAAUGUUGAAGCCAUAAGACGAAAGCAUGAGGAAUUCUUUGCUGAGCAGCUGAUAUCACGAAUAGAAGAAAUUUUAGACAAUAUGGAUGUAUCAAGUCAUGAUUAUGGGAAUAAGAAGAAUGAUAAAGGACUCAUAGAAGAUUGUCAUCGGUGUACAGCCCAGUGGCUGGAACUACAGACCCGCAUUGGCACCAUGGCCUCACAGCUGGACCAGAUCCCUCAACGCUGGACACAAUAUGAGACCAAAGUUGAAGAAACAGUGUCAUGGAUGGAUGGUGUCAAUGACUGCCUGAAGGAAGUGAACAGAGAAACAUCCAAAGCUGAGGAAUAUGAAAAAUUGAAGGACAAAUUUGUGGCCAUGUGUGGUGAUAUGGAGUCUCGUCGUGAGUCAAUGAAAUGGCUGGUUCAGAUGCUAGACUCCUUAAUCACACACAUACCAGAAGAGGAUGGCCAGUAUGAGCAACAGAAAUUAGAGUCUCUUAUAGCUCGCUAUAAGGCUCUUGUCCCUACUAUAGAAUCGGCCCUCAUCCGUGCAGAAACCUACACCAAAUGUUACCAUUACCGUGAAGAUAUUGACAAUGUCGUUGCAAUAUUAGAAGGUGUUAAAAAGCAGAGUGAAAAAGAAGCUCUGCCAGAGAACCUUGAGUCUAUUACAUAUUUGAUUCAAGAGCAAGAAAAAAUAGUUCAACAGCUGGAAAACCAAAGGGACAAUAUCUUUUCAACAAUCCAGAAAGGUAAAGACCUUUCCAGGGACCAGAGUGCACCUCUCUUUGUUAAUGCCAUGUUACAGACACUGGAAGCUAAGUGGAACGAAGCUUACAAUGGCUCUGUCGAUAAGUUAAACAAACUAAAGAAUACACAGAAAGUUUGGUCAGAUUAUUCUGACCAGAAGAAUGAAAUCUUAAAACUAAUAGCUCAGGCUGAAUCAGAACUGUCUAACAUUAUUGCCCAUAAUAAUCCUCAGCAAGUAGCAAAUGAAUUGAGCAACAAGCAGGAAAUGAAUGAACACCUUAAUGAAACAACUGAUCAGAUGCUUCGUAAAUUGCAUAACCAUUCAAGUAAUCUUGCUAAACUUGCUACUCCAGAAAGAAAGCCUUUACUUGAGAAAGAAGUUGUUGAAAUUGAGCAGCGCAUGCAAAUGGUUAUUGAUACUGUCUCAGAAAAAAUUGAGUUCUUGGAGCAAUUAAAUGUUAAAUGGGUACACUUUACUGGUACAUUACAUGAGUUAAAAUCUUGGUUGACUAAUGCUCAGAAUGUGUUAGAACGCCUUGUUACUCUUGAAAUGUCUCCAGAAAGCAGAGACUCGCAAACAAAUGAGCUCAAAGCCAAGAUCAGUGAAAAACUAGGUGUAGUUAGAACCCUAGAAGAGGAAGCUGAAGAACUUUUAGAAGGAGAACCAUCAAAUGAUGCACUACAAUUUAGUGCUGAACUUGGAGAGUUAAAGAUGAACAUUGUCACCCUAAGCAAACAUACAGAAAAACAUUAUGAAACUGUUCGAAAUGACUUGAAACACUGGAAUGAGUAUCAGACGGGAAUUCAAGAAAUAAAGCCAUGGUUAGAGGAAGCAGAAACUAAAGUUGCUGUAGGACUGACCAAACCUAAUUGUAUGCAGGAUGCUAUUCAAGCCUCUGAUGUAGCUAAGGAGUUUGAAAAGGAAUGUGAUGAUUGUUUGGAGAAACUGCGCUCUGUGUCAUCAAAGAGUGCCCAAGUAGCACGUAUGUGCUCAGUAGUUGAUGAAAUUGAUGCUCUUCAUUCUCGAUGGACUGCAGUACAUGAUGUUGCUCUACAGUGGAGUGAAAAGUCAGAAUCUCUUCUUGCCGAAUGGGAAGAUUUUAACUACAAAUGUGAUGCUGUAUCUUCAUGGGUCCAUCAAAUGGAAGAACGCCUAGAGAAAGUCAGUGAGUAUGCUCCAACUGUGCUUCGUUUAGAAGAUCGUGUUGUAAGCCUUAAAGAUAUGGUUAAGGAAGUAGCUGAAAAACAAACGGAUCUCAUAAAUCUCACUGCUGUUGGUGAUCAUAUUUCUGCUGGAAUGGGGGCAGAAGGGAGUGCUUCUGUUAAAUCUACUGUUGCAGAGUUGAAGAACAUGAUUACAAAGUUCAGCGACGAAAUGCGUAAACUGAAAAAUGAGUUAUCGGAUAUUGUGGUAGUUCGUCAAGAAUUUAUUGCUAAAGUUGAAAAACUUGAAACAUGGUUGAAUGACUUCAGCAACCAUUUAGAUGAGCUUGAAGAUAUUGAUAUAGAUGAGUUAGAAGGAUGUCCAGAUCUGGUUCAUCGUUUACAGCAAGAGCAUGAUGAAAAGCAAAAUGAAGUAACAUCUCUUGCAGAAGAGUGCCAUGACGUAGGUGACCGCUGCACUGGGAGAGAUCGUGAUGACUUGUUCACUCAGUUUGAUGAUGCAGAAGCCCGCUUUGAGAACUAUGGAGAAGUAAUAAUAUCUAAAAAACCAGCAAUUUUGAAGUGGCGAGACUUUUGGGAAUGGCAAGGAAACACAGAUGAAGCUUUGAAAGGAAUUAAUCAACAGCUUGAUGCCAAACCCAAUCUUAAUGACUUAUCACAAAUGAGAAAGGAAUUAGCAAAUCUGCAAGAGCAAUGCCGCUCAUGGGAUGAUGAGGCAUCAUACAUUAUGGAUAUUUGUAGAAAAAGUUCGACGACUAUUAGGGACCCAGGCACUGGAUCUGUGUUAGAUAUAGAAACAAAAGUUCAGGAAUUUAAGAAGAAGAUGGAUGUGAUAGACAGUCACCUUGAUAGUCGACAAGAUCAGUUGCAACAAGUUAAUAGUCAAUGGGAAGCAUUCCAUCGAGUUAAGAAUCAAUUGUGUGAAUUUUUGGAUGGUGUCACAAGGAGAGUUACUGACAAGGAGCUAACACAGAGUACAUAUGGAGGAGUUCAGAAUUUGCUUGAAACAGUUGAAGGUGCACUUCAAGAAAUGCAGUCACAACUUAAAAUGAAAGACAAGCUACAUGAUUUGGGACGUGAUUUAAUGUCCAGUGACUCAACUCAGCUAGUGUCUGUGCAGAAUGCUCUGACAGCAGCAGAUGGAAGCUGGGAUCGUGCUCAAAAUAUGUUAUAUGAAAUGCAAACUAAGUUUACCAGUAUCACGUCAUUAUGGAGACAGUGUACAGAUGGACGUGAAUACUUACAAGCUGCUAUCACAGAAGCUGAACGCAAUAUUGAGAAGCUAGUGGGGAAACUAUCAGAAGCCAGUGGUGUUCAGAGCAUGAUGAACCUUUGUAAGAAGACAACUGAUGCCCUUCGUAGAACCAGACCUCAACUUGAGAAUUUCAUUUCAAAAUCUCAACACUUGAGCCAACAAUUGGACAGUGAAACGGGAUUUGAUUCCAGCACUGUUCGUCAACAUUCACAAGAAACUCAAAGUAAGUGGCAAAGUAUGAUGGAUCUUCUUAAUCAGCGGUCACAAAAUCUUGAAGGUCAACUUGUUCUUUGGAAACAGAUCAUAAAUGGGCGUGAUGAAAUCCUUUCAUGGCUAAGUGAUACCUGUGAAGCCUUAGAUGAAACACAGAUAGCACAUGAAAUGGAAGCUGCGGUGGAAAAGUUAGACAAAUAUAAAACUGAACUUUCAAAUUAUGAAAGUCUUUUCCGCAGCCUUCAGAGUCGAGCCAAGCAGCUUGAAUCAUUAAAUGCUGGGACGUCUCUGGCUAGGAUUGAGGAAAUUAUUAGCACUCUUGCAUCUGAAUUUGAACAGACAGAAUUAGCUGCCUCCAAGCUUAGCACCUACCUUGAUGAAAUGAAGGAGCAAGAGUUAAGUGUGUACGAAGAUAUUAGAGAUCUCAGUGAAUCAUUAACUCAGAUACGUGACAGACUAAUGAAAUGUGAAGACAUAACAGGAGAUGACAAGAAAAUUAUUGUACGCCUUGAAAUUGCCAGGAAAAUUGAGAUAGAGUUGCAGCAGUAUAGUGAUAGGAUUAAAGAAGUGAAAAUACAAAUUGAGGAGCUGAAGGCAAGUUUCAGAGGUUUUGAGCCCAAUAAACUUAUUAAGGAAUACACAGCACUUCAGAAGAAAUAUGAGGGAAUAAUAACCCAGACGACAAAAGCAUGCAAGAGUCUCUAUUAUGUUAUUGAAAAACAUUAUCGUGACCGGCUGUCAGAUGUACAGAGGUUUAUCACAGUUCAUCAAGAAAAAAUUUUGUGGUGUCAGGAUGAGCCAGGUAGUGAUAGGUAUGGUGUUGAAGCAAAAAUGUCUGCUCUUUCUGAUGUAAGAUCAAGUCUGAAAUUAGGACUCACAAAAAGACAGGAUCUUGAAAAUUGUCAAGAGCUGUAUGAACGCAUAGUAAAUGCUGAAGAGCGUGAAAAUAUUGAGGAAGAAUGUGAGUUAGCAAUAUCUGAAAUGGAAGAGUUGAGUGCCAAUCUUGAUGAGUGCCAUGAAGCUCUGGCACACUCUUUAGCACUCUGGCAACAGUAUGAACUAAUGACAGAAAACCUAAGUUCAUGGCUUCGUGAGGUUGAGGGUCGUGUUCGAACAGAGACAACAAACCAGAUCGACAUGACUAUGGUGCGAGAAAAGAUAAAAAAGACUGAAACUCUCUUGGAGGAAGUUAACAGUCAUGAUGAUGAAGUGUGUGAACUCAUGGAAAAGACACAGGAACUAAUGGAGAUAAAUCCAGAGUCAAGAGCAGGGGAGUAUGCAAAUCAGAUAAAAACCAGAGUGCAAGCUCUUAUCCAAUUUUGCAAUACAUUCCUUAACAAACUUAAUCAGUUAACUAGAGACCAAAAGCUUUACACUGAAACUAUUGUGAAAAUGGAAGACUGGCUUAAAGAUGCAGAAGAAAAACUUCAGACCUUUGAACUGAUGACGCGAGGUGGAGGGAAACCUACCUUGGCAUACCAGUCCAAGUUGCAAAAUUUGAAAUCAUUUGUUGAGGAAAAGAAAAAUGGCCAGCAGCUCUUGAAUGCUGUAGUUGAGCAUGGAGAAGCGUUAUUUUCAGCCAUUACUCCUGAAGGUCGUGAGAAGAUACGAUUAGAUCUUCGCACCCUUAGGGACACAUGGGAAGCUCAUCUUGACAAAGUUAACCAACUUUACAAGAGUGUAGAGGGUAUUAUUAUGCAGUGGUCCUCUUUUGAUGAUAACUUUAGUCAAGCCUCAAAGUGGCUAGAGGAAAUUCAACAGCGAGCAGGAACAGAAUUUGACUUAAAACCCACCUUAUCUGAUAAGAAAACUCAGCUACAACAAUAUAAAGCUAUUUAUCAAGAUAUUAACUCACAUGAAAGUAUGAUAUAUGGUCUUAAGGAGAAAAUUGAGUUUUUAACCGAUGACGAAACUUCUGAAACUGUUGAUGAUAUGAUUAGCCAGUACAAAGAUCUAGUUUCGCAAACUCAGCAAAGAAUUGGAUGGUGUGAGGAAUUCAUCCAGCAGCAUGAGACAUAUCUUCAUAAUACAGAAAAAUUCCGAGAUUGGUUAACCUCGCAGAAGGCUGAACUGGCAUUAUGUGCAGAUGUAUCACCAGAAAGUAGUGAAGUCCAGAUGAAAAUGAACAUUCUUGACACACUUGAGAUGAGUGAAGAAGAUGGGCAAACUCUUAUGGAUAUUUGCGAGGAGAGUUUAGAGUUAACUCUUAAAAAUACUGAUCCAUCAGGACAUUCAGGUGUAAAAGCAGACCUUGAUGCUCAACAAAGAAACUGGCGGGCUCUACAGUCAGAAAUUUCUGAAGGAAAACGGAAAGUAUUUGGAAUUCUAUCACAGUAUAACGAGUGUGAAGAAGUAGUUCAAGCACUAAAAGACUGGCUUAAAGCUAUUGAAAUUAAAGUUAAAGACCAGUCUCUUAAGAGUACCUUAGAUGCCAAAGAGAAUCAUCUGGAUCGUCUCCGCCAACUUGAAGAAGAGAUUGUUGAGAAGGCCCCGGCAAUCAGUGAAGCUCUGUCCCAAGCACAAAGUAUGGACAGUGAAGGCAAGCACGCUGUUCAGAUUUCUCAGUUGUCCUCUCGUUACCAGGCCCUGAAGAAUGUGUUGAAGGAAAUGAUGAGUCGGUAUGAGCAAUUUAUCCGCGAACACCGCUCUUUCCUGGAAAAAUAUGAGGAAUGCACUGAAUGGGUUGAAGCAGUAGACCAUGAUUUAAGAGAGCAUGCUGAAAUAGUAGGUGAUAUGAAAAUCCUGCAAAUGAGACGGAAUAAAGUUGAACAGUUAAUUGAACUAAAGUCAAGCCAGGCUAACAAAGUAGAUGCUGUCCUUGAGCUUGGUGAACGACUAUAUUCACACACAGCUCCAGAUGGUAGGGAAAACAUUCGACAGAGUCUUCGUGAUUUAAGGGAGCGUUGGGAAGCUUGGUGUGACUCUGUUACAAAUGCAGGGUUGACUCUUGACCAAUGCCUUCAACAAUUUUCAGACUUCUCUGGGGCACAGGAGCAACUUACCCGUUGGUUGCGUGAUGUAGAACUUGCUAUGCAACAACAUACUGAACUUAAGAAUUCUUUGCAAGAAAAAACUGCUCAGUUACAAAACCAUCGCUUAGUACACCAAGAGAUCCAAGCACACCAGAGUUUGGUAGAAAUGGUUUGUGAGAAGGCUCAGACCUUAGUCAACCAAACUCAAGAUAAAACACUUAAUGUUUAUAUCCAGUCCAUUCAAACACUGUUUCACAACAUCGUGCUUAAGAGCAGAGAUCUUUUAGACAAGUUAGAUUUAUGUGUACAGGAUCAUGCCCAGUUCAACACACUUUGCAAGAGCUUUGGUGAUUGGCUAAAUCUUCAGCGGGAUCAACUACACCUGUGCGCAGAUGUUUCAGGCGAGAAGUCAGAUCUCAUCAAAAAACUAGAAAAUCUAAAGAGGGUAGAAACUGAACUUAAUACCUGUUCACAACUUGUGCCAGUGACUCUUAUCGUUGCAAAGGAUCUAGCCACAGUGCAUGGCCUUGGUGAUAAGAAGCUCCUGGAGCUACGGACCCUGGGAGAGAAGGUGGCAUUAAGCACCUCUGAGCGUGGUGGCAAGGCACUGAGAGCUACUAUUACAUCUAUGGAGGAUGCAUGGAAUCUGCAUAUUGUCACUGUUGGUGAUGUACGUGAGAACUUGAAUGGGACUAUACAACAGUGGAGUCAGUUUGAAGAAGACCUUGACCGUCAUUCAGCAUGGUGCCGAGAGUUAGAAUCUUUCUUCAAGGAUCAGCAACUGAGUGCCUCUCUGGAAGAGAAACGAACACGCAUCAAGGCUCUGACACAAAAACGGGAAGAAGUUGUACGUUAUGAGCGAGAGAUUGAUGUCUUCGUUGAUCAGGGUCAUGCACUUGUUCGUGUCUCUAGUGUAGAUCGUCUCAAACCUCUCAUUACUCAGUUAAGUAACCGCUACCAAAGUCUUCAUAUCCUCACAAAGGAGGCUGUUACAAAGUGGCGAGGAAUUCUUGCAGACCAUGAGAGCUAUGAGGAAAAGUUUGAGGAGAAUAAAAAAUGGCUGAACACCAUGGAAGAAUCCCUUGAUGAUUUAUUGAAUGAAAAGGAUCCAGAAAAAAAGGAGAAUAUCUUGCAAUACUUGCUCAGUGAGCGCGAGCAGGCCACACAUCGUCUGGGGUCCACUACUACCAUUGGUGAAAGACUAUACCCUGAUACUGCUACAAUAGGCAGAGAGAAACUUCGUCAGGAUUUAAGGUCAAUGCGUGAACACUGGGAGAAAUUAGAAGCUUCUAUUGUGGAACAGCACCGUAAACAAGAAGCUCAAACCCUGCAGUGGUCUUCCUUUUCGGAUAGUACCCAAACUGCACGCAAUUGGCUGGAUAACAUGGAAAAAACCAUUGUUGUUGAUCCAUCCAACUGGCUAUCAUUACAGGAACUUCGGUCUAGGCUAUUAAAGCUUAAGACAACAUUACAAGAUAUUACAUCACACAAACGUGUGCUGGAUGCUGUAAAAGAGCGUGCUGGUUACUUACUUCAAGCAUCACCGAGCAACAAGGAUGUGAUGACAGCAAUGGUAGAAGUCCAGUCCCGGCAUGAGACACUUGCAACAAACACCAAGAAGAACAUUGAGGACUUGGAAUGGAUGAUAGAUAACCUCAACACUCACCAAGACCUCUCUGCCUCUCAUGCUGAAUGGCAGAAGGACAUGUGGGAGAAGCUGCAUUCAUUCACAGAUUACUCUGGAAACAAGUCUGUGCUGCAGCAGAGACUAGACCAUGUGGCUGAGCUUGAAGAUGCUAAAUGUGAUGGCAGGAACAUGAUUGCUCAGAUCAGCUCACAUGCUCAUCAGUUACUGGAGAAGCUGCCAGCCCGGGCAAAGGAGACAUUGGAGCGGGAGAUCAACAACAUGAAGUAUGAACUGGCCAAAUUUGCCAGCACUUUAGCUGAUGUUAAACAUGGCUUAGAAGAGCGUUUGCAGCAGUGGACAGAAUACGAGGGCACCUUUGACCGUAUCAUCUCCUGGCUAAAUGAUUCGGAAGGAACACUCAAGAACUAUGGUCCCAAGAAUUCUCUGCAGGAGAAGACUGAGCAGCUUGAGCGUUUCCAGGAAUUUCUGCGUGUAGUAGAGAGCCGGCAUGUGCUCGUGCAGGAAUUCAUUGCAAUAGCCGAUAACCUUGAACAAGGUCUUGUAUUCAGCAUAAUGCAAAAUCAGAGCGAGGUGGACAAGAUGAGCGAUGAUUCCUCUGACCUGAUGGGCGUCUCUGGUGAUACCAGGAUCUCUGUUAAUGUUCAACAGAUUACCUCACGCUUUAAAGCUGUUCAAGUCACCGCAAAGGAAAUUCUCAAGAAGUGUGAAUUAGGAGUUAAUGACCACAAGGCCUUUAUUGAAAAAUAUAACCAAAGUGUUGGCUGGCUUACUGCAGCUCAAGACAAAUUAGCCAAAUGUGUUGAAAUGCAAGGAGAUAGAGCAACUAUACAGAAAAGGUUGGAGAUAGGGAGUGAAUUACUAGCAGAGAAGCAGAAUGCAUUAUCACUUGUCAACACUACAGUGGAAUUAGGAGAGAAACUUUAUCCUUCAACAUCUGAUGAUGGAAGAGAAGCUAUUAGAAUUCAACUUGAAGAUCUUCAAGGAGCCUUUGACACACUGUUUGAUAGUUCUUCCACUAUGGAAAGAGACCUUCAUAAUAAGAUGAGUAGAUGGACAAACUUUGAGGAGGCCAGUGAACACUUAAAACAAUGGCUGAAGGAGACUCAGGCACAAAUUCCUGAUGAAAUCGAGUUAAAAACAACUCUUGAUGAGAAACGAGCUCAGCUACAGACUUACCGUAUGCUUUUGCACGAUAUCCUUGCCAAACAACAGACCAUACUGGAUGUACGUGACAAGGCAGAAAAUCUCCCAGAAAAAUCUGAUCGUGUAAACUCAUUCUUAGAAACAGCAACUGCUCACCACCAAGAAAUGUUACAGCGCAUUCAGUCUUAUUUGGAACGAUAUGAAGCAAUUGUCAGUGACCAUCAACAGUACAGUAAGACAGUAUUUGAAACACAAGAAUGGCUAGAUGCCACACAAAGUACGGUAGAAAUGUGGGAUGAAUCUGUUAGCGACCAUAUUACUCUACAUGCUAAUCUUGAAAAACUUAAAAAUCUUCAAUUGAGUCUUCCGGAGGAGGAGCCUAGGAUACUUCAGAUAAGGACAAUUGGCGAAAAAGUUAUUCCUGGUACAUUGGAGUCUGGUCAGAUACAUGUGCGUAACCAGAUCGACACCACGCAGCAAGAGUGGCAAGGUCUUAUAUCAGCUGUCUCUUCUACCAUUGAGAGACUUGAGGCUACUUUGUACCAGUGGGGUGAUUUUGAAUCCAUGAAGGAUGCUAUUCAAAGCUGGUUACGUGAAACUGACAACAAAUUGCAUGCAGUUAAUUUGAAUGUCACUUUAGCAGAGAAACAAGAAACUUUGGAUAUGUUAAAAACCCUGCAGGGUGAAGUACGUGCUAAGGAGCUUGAAAUUGAUCAGCUAACUGAGCGUGCCCAGCACCUGUACCAGGGUAACCACUCCUCACGGGGCUCACAAGUCAACGAGCUGUGUGCUCGUUAUCAGCAGAUCUCUACAAAAGUCAAGGAUGUCCACACCCGCUGGCACCAGUAUGUUACUCAUCAUGCAGAUUAUGAUAGUAGAGUUACAGAAUGUCACAAUUGGCUUCAAGACAUUAAGAAGAAACUUAGUUAUUGUUCUGAUCUAUCAGCUACAUCCCAGGAUGACCUAGAUAAAAAGAUGGAAACUAUCCAAGAUCUUUUGUUAUAUAAAGAGGAAGGGUUUUCAAAAGUACAGGGAACUGUUGAAUUAGCGCAGACUGUCUUAGCCAACACAGCUCCCUUGGCGCAUGAACACAUCAACCAAGCAGUUGAAAAGCUUCAACAGGAUUGGAGUGCCCUUGCAUCUAAGAUGGUGGAAACUAAGACUUAUUUGGAUGAAACUAUACACCGAUGGGCUGGUUUCUUGGAGAAUAUUCAUCAGCUAAACAAAACCAUUGAACAUGUGGAACACACCCUGUCUGAUGUCAGUCAGUUCCAGUCUACACUCUCUGAGAAGAGAGCUCAGCUGGAGAGACUCAAAAGUUUGGAAGAAAAGCUUCGUUGUGAGAAAUAUGAAGUAGAGAGCCUGAAGGUAAAAGCCUCUGAGAUGCUAGCAAGUGGACAGCAAGCCCAAGCAGCAUCACAGGCCCAGAACAUACUGAAACAGUUUGAGAAUCUUUCUGAUCGUAUCAAAUCCUUGCGAGGAGAGAGAGAGACUCAGUACCGUGAUCACCGUCACUACAAAGAAGCCUAUGAUGACCUCCAUGCAUUUGUCAAUAGGACACGUGACAAAAUCCCAGCCCUUAAGCAAAAGAACUUGGGUGAUAGACUUUCUAUUGAAACAGCUGUGCAAGCUUUAGAUACACUGUUAACUCGACAAGCUCAGGGCCAGAUAUUGGUGGAUCAGCUUCUUCAUCGAGGUGAAGUAUUCCUUCAUUCCACUUCACCAUCUGGACAAGAGAAUUACAAAAAUGAGAUGAGGGCUGUAAAGGAAAGUUUUGAAGAACUUUUUAAGGAUAUAUCCAAACAGAAAGAGAAUCUUGAGAAAACAGUAGUGCAGUGGCGUGACUACAAAGAUGAAUAUGAGAAGCUCUCUGACUGGCUACAGAAGGCGGAUGCCGACAUGAAGGCCUACAAGACCAUGCUGUAUGCCAGCAUUGGGGAGAAAACGCAGCAAGUUAACAAUGUCAAGGAUCUACUAGAGAACCUUGGGAAGCACCAAGCACAACUGAAAAAGUUGAAUGAACUUUCUCAAACCUUGCAAGAAACUCACCUUGAUUCAUUUGUUCAGAACCAAAUGCGACACCUUAACUCUCGCUACCAGGUUUUAAUCAACAUGGCCAAGGAUGUUUUGAGAAAGGUGGAAGCUAGCUUUGACCAGCAUCGUCAAUAUGAGACUUAUCUUAGUAAGGCUAGAGAGUGGAUUGAUAAUGCUCGAAUGGUUGUCAGGGAUUGCAUUGACAUGUCUCCUGAUUCAGGCAAAGAAAGUCUUGAACGACAUUUGGAUUUGAUUCAGUCACUCAUGAGAAAGCAAGAGGAAGGACAGGCCUUAGUUCAUCAAUCUGUCAAUUGGGGUGAAAAGGUGCUCCGCAAUACUCGAUCUGAUGGUCGUGACAUAAUCAAUGAGUCUCUAGAAGAGUUGCAGGCUGACUGGGACAAACUUAUUAAAAAGCUCUCAAAUGCCAAGGUUACUCUGGAGACUAACCUUCUUCAAUGGGCUGACAUGAGCGUCUCGUAUACUAAUAUGCAACAGUGGAUUAGCGAAAGAGAAGCAAAGCUCCAGCAACUUACGAAUGCAAUAUCUGCCUCUGGCAAGAGAGGCUCUGGUCUUUCUCACAGAAUUUCUUCUCUAAGUAUCGGUGAACGUAAAGCUAAUCUCCGUCGCACCAGCAGCAUUGUUCAAGAUAUUGUGUCCUUUGAGCCAAUGAUUGAGUCAGUUACAUCCAAAGCAACAGAAAGUCAAGCAAGUCAAGUAAAGAAUAAUGCUUCAGAAAUUUCCAGCAAGUACCAUAGUCUUAGCAAGCAGGCUAAAGAACUUCUUGAGAAGCAGAAAGAUAUGGUUGAUCAUCAUCAAGAAUUUGUUGAUGCAGGCAAUGAAUUUAUGCACUGGCUUAGGGCUGCAAAAGAGAGAAUGGCCAAAUGUGCCGAGCCAACUGGUGACAAGGAUACAAUCAGUGGCAAAGCAACAAUUCUCAAAUUACUUCAAAAUGAACAAGAAGAAGGUCAAAAGAAGCUAGAUAAAGCCUUCUCCUUAGCAGAGAGAGCAUGUAAUCUAGCAGACGAUGAAGAUAAGGAGGUCAUAGAAGAAGAAGUAGCAUUCUUGCAAGAUGAAUUUGAUAGCUUUUUAGGUCAAGUUGGCAAAACAAAGAAUCUUCUGGAAAUGGGCAUUGUUAAGUGGACAGAAUAUGAAGAUAAGUUUAAAGAAUGUGAAAUUUGGCUAGAUAAAAUGGAUAGAAAGGUACAGAGCUAUAAUAAGCUUCAGAACACCGUUCAGGAGAAGCGAUCGGUACUGGAAGAGUUCCAAAGUACUCUGCAAAUGAUAUUUGACUGGCAGAAAACUCUGGAUCUGCUCAAUAUGCGCGCACAACUGUUAUUGGAGACCUGUGCUGACUCCCGUGUGAGUAAUGCCGUCACACAGUUAACUACAAAGUACAACACACUGCUGUCACUGGCCAAGGAGGUAAUGCGCCGCCUGGAAAUGCACUUCCAGGAGCAUCAGCAGCACCACCAGCUGUAUGCAGAGUGCAAUGACUGGAUUGAUCGCACUCGCAAGAAACUAAACGAAUGUGCUGGAGAAGCAUCAUCAUUGGAGGAGCUCAAAGAAAAUUUAGCUGGUGUGAAAGCUAUAAAGAACACACUAGAACAAGGUCAGCAUAAGCUAAGAUAUGUUCUUGAGCUUAAGGAACGUGUUAUUAUGAAUACAGAACAGAUAGGUGCAGCCAGGAUUCAGGAAGAUACUGAAAAUGUGCGUAAAGAGUUUGACAAGCUCAUGUCUGAUAUAUACGGCAUGCAUCAAAAUCUUAGCACUAAACAAUCACGUCGAGAGGAAACUGAGAAGAUGCACAAAACUGUUAUUGAGUGGUUGGAGGAGCUGAACACAAAAGCUUGUGAACAGGGUGUGCUUUUCAGUGAAUUAAGUGACAAACGUGCUGCUCUGGAGAAGUAUCGCAUUCUUCUCCGUGAUAUUGCUGCUCAUUUUGACAUGGUGGAGCGUCUUGCAGCAAAGAGAAAUGAUGAGGGAUACUCUCAGGAAGAGGUAGAUGAAUGUCUCAAUAAAUAUGAUUCCAUAAAGAAAAUAGUAAUUGACAAUAUCAAGACUCUAGAAGUGUACGUUAAAGAACACGAAGCCUAUCAUAAUUCAACUGUUGAGGCCAGUGACUGGUUGAGGAAAACUCGCAUAACAAUGCAACAAUUUGCAGACAGCCAUGGGGAAAAAAAAGAGGUAGUAGAGAAGCAGCAGCAACAGGAAGAUAUAGCAGAAGAAUUUCCAGAGGGUGAGGAACUUAUCAACAAAGCCAUUGAGCUCAAUAAAUCAAUUCGACAUUCCACUUCUGAAGAUGGUCAUUACACUCUUCGUAGUGAGGCAGAUACACUACGUAUGGAGUGGGAAUCCCUUCAGCAGAUGAGCAUUGACAUUCGUCGCACAAUGGAAAAGUGUUUACAAAUAUGGGACGAGUUUACUGAGACCUACAAAGAUCUCAAUACUUGGUUAAUAGAUUUUCAGCAGAAGGUAGCACAGGAGCCUGAGGAGCCUACUCCAGAAGAUCUUGAAAAGUGGAAGACCUCUUUGCAGGAGCUUCUAGUGGAGGCCAACAGCAAAAAGGUCCAUCUGGAGGUGCUGAAUGACCGCUGUGAAGUGCUUAUGGAUUAUAGUGCACACACUCCCAUCAGAGAUAUGACUGUCCAGCUCCAGUCAACAUACACCAAUGUCCUCACUAAUUUACAGAGUCUAGUUGUCAUUGCCCAGAAAACCUUGACUGACCACACAGAGUUUGUUACGGCCAAGACAGAAUUCGAAGAGUGGCUGGGACGCUCUCAGGGCACGGUAAAUGAUUGUGAGGAUGAUACUGGCUCAGAGGAAGUGGUACGAGACAAACUAGACACUGUGAAACUAGUGUCAACACGACUGUCUGAAGGGCAGCAUAUGUUGGGAGUCUUGGCCGAGGCUUACUCUCGUGCCCUCAACCUUUCACAAGUGGAUCAACAGGACCAAAUUCGUCAGGAUUUCACAAAACUUCGUAAUGAAUGGGAUCAUUUAACCAUUUCACUUAAUUCUACCCUCUCUAAGCUCAAGAGUGCAGUGAAUCGGUGGGAAGAAUUUAGUGAGGCACAAACAAGACUGGAUGCUUGGUUAUUGGAGCUAGAGGAGUUGCUGGUGGAGACACCUGAUUCUCGGGGAGAAGUUGCUGAGAUGCGGACUUUCCUUGAACGCUACAAGCACAUUGCCCUUCAGAUUCAAGAAAAACAGGAAGAAGUUCAGACUCUUUUAGAUGAUGCAGAAGAAUUUGCAGAAAGGGCCUCUGAUGAAGAAAUAUUGAACCGUGUAGAAGAAACUGAAUCGAAGUGGGAGAAGCUUAAUGAUCAGUGUCUUGAGAUCAUAACAAAACUUGAAGAAGAAAUUGCAGACUUUAGUGAAUACCAGGUAGCACUGCAGGACACUGAAAAGUGGCUCCUUCAGAUUAGUUUCCAAUUAAUGGCCGAAAAUUCCUUAUAUAUCUGUAAUCGGGAGCAAACUGAAGAACAGAUUGAGAGUCAUAAUGAAGAGCUUGAAGAGAUCAUUGAAUACCAACAGACUCUUGAAGAAGUUAAGAAUAAAGGCCGCAAGCAAAUUGAUCGAUAUAUUGGUUCUGUGCCAUCAAUUCAAGACAAGAUUGAACGUCAGUUACACAACAUUCAGGAGAGUUAUAAUUCUCUGUUAAGCACUGCUAACCACAUCCAGAAACGGUUGAAUGAGUCUCUGGCCAAGUUUGAAGAAUAUGAAGCUACUCUAGAGUCUAUUGAGAAAAAUUUAGAGGACUGGGAACCAACUAUUUUAGAGGAAAAUGAUACAACUAUCCAAACUAUGGAAGAGGCAAAGUAUCAUCUUGAGUGCACUAGGUCAUGGCACAGUAAACUACUAGGAGAGAAAUCUCGGUUGGCUUUUGCUGUGCAGGCAUGUGAAGCUGCCACGGCAUCCAUCUCCCGCCCAGGGUCCCCGCAGGAUGUCAUUUCUCAAUCCAUCCCAGAGAAUGAAAUGGCUGUGAGAGCCAAGCUGGAGGAUCUCAUUGAACAGGUGCAGGCACGAGUGUCUACCAUCAGCAACUCAGUAAGUGAACUGGAAGAGCUUGCUCGCCAAAAUGAUGCUAUUAAGAAGUGGAUUGAGGAAUACCAUAUCAUUGUGCAAGACUUUAAGAGUCGUCCUGCUAAACUGCGAUCUGAGGCCUCAGCCAUGGAAAUCUCCCAAAUGAAUGACCUUCGAUCCAAGAUCAUGGAGAAACAAAGCAUUUUAGAUGAAUUGGAAAUCAAGCAAAUGAAUCUGGCUCCUGACAUGGCUGAUUCAGACAUUCGUGAACAGAUGAACCGGUUGGAAGAGGAAGUUACAAAUCUCAUAGAUUCUCGCACUGUUGUUAUUCAGCAAAUUGAAGAGUACAGAAGUAAGCUUCAGCAUGUGUAUGGAUGGUUUGACACAAUUAUCAAACAGUUGGAAAAAUGUGAUAAAAGUGAUAGUAUAGAUUCUUUUAAAAAAUCUGCUGAAGUACAACAGUUGUGGAACCAGUUUGAAGAUGUUCGCACUCAACUGGAGGAGCUUAAGAUGAAAGCUGGCGAUGUAAUGCUUGAACUGUCUAGUUUAGAUGUGCAGCAAGUUGAGGAACAGCUAAGAUCUGUUGAUAAAAAGUAUUCCGACCUUCAGAAACGUGUCGGUAAGAAAAUGCAAGUAAUAGAAAUGACUCGGAAAGGUUACGAAGAUUCCAAAAAUGACAUCCUCAAUCUACAGAAGUGGGUGAGGGAAAAAAGGGAGUUUUCAAGGAAUCUACCAUUUCUUGGUUACUCCAGUAAAAGCACAGAAGUCAAGCUACUGGAGAUCAAUGAUCUUUCAAAGGAGGUUUCUGCAAAGAGAAUGCUCCUGGCACAACUGGAAAAGGCUAUUGAAAACCUCAAAGGUGAUGUUGAAGAAUCUGAACUGGCACAGCUUGAAAACAUAGUCAGCAAGACAUCAGAAGAGCAAAGUGUUUUAUAUUCCACUGUAAUGGAAAUCAAGAAUGAUAUGAUUGUCUCCUAUGAAGAACGACGCAGCUUUGAACAAUCACUAGACCAAGUGCGUGCAUGGAUUAGUGGUAAGACAGAUGAAGUGGUUUGUCCAGACCUACUGCCCCUCAAAUCAGAGAUUGCAGAGCGUGUAGUUGAGAAGUACAGAAGACUUGACAAUGAACUGAAGCAGUAUGCAGAAACUAGUGUGUCAGGGGUGAAGAGACAGGGAAGUGCAUUAUUCAGGGACUGUACAGAAGAGGAGAAGGAUGAAUUACAUGAUAUCUUAACAGAAGUAGAUGAUAAAAUGAACAAUCUUCGUCAAACUAUGUCUGGAACUCUGAACCGUCUUUCUAACCUUUUAGAAGCAAGGCGUGACUUUGAGAAAGAAGUAGAUAUUGCUCAGAAAUGGCUUCACCAAGCAGAGGUUGCUCUGCAGACAGAUACCAGAAGUCUCAAUACAGCUGAAGUUCUUGCAGAGCAUCUUAAAAAAUUGGAAAAAAUGGAAGAUGAACGUGAGUCAGCAAACAAGCGUGUAACCAGCAUUGCCAAUCUUUGUGAGGAUCUCUUACCUUACCUCACUGAGGGUGACAAAUUCAGCUUGGGAGAGAUUGUACGUGACCUGCAGGAUAAAACAUCGAGGGUGAACUCUUCUAUUAGUGACAAGACUGAACAGGUUCGUAAUACCAUUACACUUCAGCGUCGCAACACAGAACGCAUAGUACAAAGUGCACUGACCUUCUCCUCAAUUCAGAAGGAAAUCAAAGCUCUGAAUAGGCCAGUUGGUCGUAAUAUAGAAGAUGCCCAACAUCUUCUGGUCUCAUACCAGGAAGCCCUCAGAAAAGUUAAUGAAUUUAGGAAGGGCCUAGAUGAUAUGCGUACUGGAUCUGAUGUUAGUGUAGGUGAGAUGCGGGACAUGAUCAAGCAACAACAGGAGCUAAUCCAAGUGCUUGAAAAACAGAUUACAAGGAUACGACAGUUAAUACUUGUGAGGCAGCAGUAUACUUCUCUUAUUAAUGAGAUCGUAGGAUUUACAAACCGAUAUACUACUGUUGUGAGGGACAUUGAACAGACAGAGAUGACUGUAACAGAUAAGCUCCGUAAGUACGGUGACGUAAUAACCAGAAUUCAGGAAUGUGAAGCUCAGUUAACAUCAGCACAGGACAAGGGGUCAAUUAUAAGUGAGGAAGGAACUGUUGAAGAUCACAAUGCCAUUAUGGAACAGUUGCAACUAGUUAAGACCAACCUAGGUGCUCUUCGUCGUGAAGUGGAGAAAAGACACUCAGAGCACGAGGUAUCAGCCGAGAGCCAUAAACGCAUUCAUGUUGAGCUUAAUAUGACAAUGGAAUGGUUGCUAGAGCAAGAAUCUGAAUUAAAAAGUCGGCCUCUGCUUACUUUAGAAGUAGAGAGUGCCAAUGAAGAGCUUGAAACUCAUGAAGAGCUUACCAAUGACAUUGAAGAGCAACUGAAGAAACUCCGUAGUAUUAAGGAGAGAGCUAAAUCAGAAACGGGUCUUCCCUAUAUUUUGCAGGAAAGAUUAUCAGAAGCAAAUAUGAUUUUGGCUACAUUCCCACUUGAGCUGGAAUCCCGGCUUAAGUACCUUAAAGAUGAAAAGAUGCUUCGCUUAGACUAUGAAGACUUCGUUACCAAAAUCAAUGAUUGGAUUACCGAGGCACAUAAACGCAUUAUUGAUGCUGAUUGUGUUGACUAUGAGAAUGUACGAUCAGAACUUGAAGAUCAUUUAGCUUAUUUUUCAAGUGAAGGCUUGAUUGGUGAGUCUCUUGAGCAAUUAGGCAACAUUGCUGAGAGAAUUGUUCCGUCUUUGACUAGUGAAGAUCAAGAUGAACUAACAGAAGAACUCUCAAAGCUCACGAAGGAUCUUGAUAACGUUACUAAAUCUGCAAGAGAUCACAAGGCUCAGCUCGAAAAAAAUGUUCAGCUUGCACUGGAAUAUGACAAGAUUAUGGAGAAGGCACGAGGCCUCAUAAAGGAUGCCAAUGUUAACACUUUAACUGAUGAUAGUGCCAUCAAUGUUGCAGCAUUACGUGUUAACUUACAGAGAAUUGAUGAAGAGCGUGUACGUCUGUAUGAUCAGAGUUACAUCAUAAAUGAUUUUACAGAUAAUGCCAAUGAACUUCUUCAGCAGGCCUCCAGAUCAAGCCAUGUAUGUAUUGGCAACCAGCUGUUAGAAAUAACUAGGGAAUGGAAGUCCGCUUUGGAGAACAUGGAAAGUCGUCGUAGUGCUUUGGCAUCGCUCAUUAGCCAAUGGCAAGACUACGAUAUGGCCGUUCGGAGUUUGGACGUCGGCCUAAACAACCUAGAGCAGCGUCUCCAUGAAGAACUUGACUGUGCUACCAGAGAUGAUCCUGACAUUGAGACUGUCAAAGAGACCUUACAGGCGUUGGAGGAGGAGGCCGAGGAGCUGGAGGAGGAGGUGGAGGCGCUAGAGAGCCAGGCUGAGGUGGUGCUCCAGUACCUGCACACGGUGAGCGCUGUGGCCUACGCCUCGGCCAAGGAGAAGCUGGAGCGGCUGGUCAGUCGUCACCCUGAGUUGGUUGAGAGCCUCCGAGGUAAGCUAACGUGGCUGAGUGGUGAGGCGGCUUUCUCAGAGCACCUGCAGGCCCAGCUGGACGACGCCACCAGGGCCCUGCACCAGGCUGCCACCGAUAUCGCCGCCCUCGACCUCUACCACCACGACUACGCCACCGUCCAAGAUAAAUUACAGGUGCUCCAAGGCCAGUAUGAAUCUCGCCAACGACUCAUUGUCGACCUCACCGAACGAAUCUACCAGAUUGACCCCAGUGCGGUGAUUCCGACCGAGUUAACGCUAGACACGACCGAAACGAGCACUCUUGCCUCUUCGCUCGAUACACCCCCCGAGGAAGAGGCCCAGAUCUCACCCAUGCAACCCAGGACCGUCUUCAACGAACCCAUCAACCAAGAUGUCCAGGUGGUAAUUACUCAGGAAUUGCCAGUGAGUGAAGGUGACGUCUUGGAUUCAGAGGUGAAAACUUUGACUGGGGUGUCAUUAAGGACAGCCGCUCAACAACAAGCACGUGCCAUACAUGGUACCCCAGAAGCUGGAUUGCAAUUAACUUGGGCAGAUGUGGCUGCCGGACGGAAGAGUCCUAGUAUCUUCUGCCAAACAUACACCACAGAAAUGAAUGUACCUCAAGUUGUAUCAUCGCAGCAGGUAGUUCCUCAUGUUGUAGCAAGUCAAGUGUCAUCAUCAUUACCUGCAACGCCAACUCAGGUUGUUGAGUCAAUAAAAGAAGAGAAAAUUAGUGUUGAACCAUCAAGUGAACAUUCUGUCAUUGAAGAAUAUACUGUUGCAACUGGUCAGGCACCAGGUGCUGCUUAUAAAGAAGAAAAGCAAGUUCGUGAUCGUAAAAAUCGUCAGCAACAGUUUGCAAAAGCUCAAAAGUCACAGAGCUUUGAGCAAGAUGCUAAAGCAUCUCGACGCGUACAGCAACGCGAUCGACGCUACCGCAAGAAACAACCAAUAGAGCAGCAGCCUGAGCGCCAAAAUCCAACAGAGCCACAAGAAGAAGUGUAUUAUGAUGCCCCGAGUCGCAGAAAUAGCCAAAAGAGUAGCCCUAAGCAUCCUUAUACAAAGUCUAAACAGAGUCCCCAAGAAAGUCCAAAAGAUUCACCAAUGGUGACCCCUAAAACAAGUCCAACAGAGAGCCCAAAGUCCAGUCCUCAAGUACAGCGUCGAGAACAUGAGAACGUAUCCAAAGCAGAAGUUCAAGAACAACUUGAGGCAGCUAUUGAAGAAGAAAGAUCAGGCAGGGUGCUUCCCACUGCCAUGUGGGAUGGCAAAACUACAUAUGCUGAAAUUCUGAAAGGAAGGCAUGAGAUGAAAAUAAGGCAAGAACGGGGACUUGAUGUAGACGAGGCAGCUAUGUCAGAUGUGCAAGCUGAAGCUGAAAUACAAGAUGUUACUGCUACAGAGGUUUCUAGUCAGAUUAUCGAAUCAGCUGUACAAACCGUAACCUCUACUGUGACCAUGUCUUCAGCUGCCGAGUGCGAAAGUUUAGAAUACGUUGAAGAUCCUCAACAAGAAUAUGCUUUGGAUGAAGAUAGUUUACCUGCUGAUGAAGAAGUUGAGUCAGAGGUUAUAACUCAGCAAAGAGAAGAGGAGCUUGCUAUGGUUAUGCCACAAUAUCCUGGCUACAUGGAACAACCAACUUUCUUACCUGAAGGAGUUGAAAUAUCCCAGGCCACUGAUGCCUCCUACCAACAAGCCGCCACCACAUCCAUGUUCCCAAAUGGGUACUCAAUGGAUGUGCAAACUAUUCAGAGCCCUAUGCAAGCAAUGGAAACUUCAAUGCAAGAUAUUGUCAUGAACAGUAACAUGGAUACCAUGAAUUUCUACCAGGAAGUGAGUCAAUUUCCAGUUACCACAAGCUAUAUUUCCGAUGAUUUUAAUGUGCAUCAAUAUGGACAAGUGAGCGACUAUCAACAAAUAAGUGAAACAAGUAAUGAGUUCUCAGGUGUGACCCUAGACCAAGCAUCACCUGAAGAAGCCCCAAUGAUUACUAUGAUCACAACCCAGCCAACUGUGACCCCACCUAUGAUGACCCCACCAGAGACUCCAGAGCAGUUCCAGGAGGAUGAGGAAGGAAUGGAGACCGACGAUGUAGCAGAGGUUCCUUCUAUGGUGUUCGAACCAUCCUCAUCUGAAGAACAAAGUGAAUCUCAAAUAGUUAUUGAACAAAAACAACCAUGCUUUGUUGAAACAGCUGACGUUCUUGUGACAACAGACUCCAUUGAUAAAUCAAAGUUGUCAUAUGCUCAAAUUUUGGCAAUGGGUCUUAAAGCUGCCCCUUCAGCUGUUGUCACACAUACAUAUGGAGCAUUUAAAUCAGUUAUGUCAUAUGUUAAGGGACCAACUCAACCCGAAAAAGUGGCAGAUAUCGAACCUAAAGUGGAGUAUGUAGAAACACCCAGCAAACCAAGUGAUGAACAACAGACAGUGAUAACUCAAGCUGUGGCCUAUGAUUGUGAUAGAUCAAGAGGCAAGAAGAGAUCCUAUGAACCUAAAAUUGAAGUGACGGUAAUGAAAGAGCCAGAAGAAUCUAAGAAAACAGAAGACCUUCAGCGAAUGGAACACUAUAUUCCUGGUCUUCUAUUCAAAGAAGGGUCAGAUCGACGGUCAAGAUCCAAGAGUGCUAGAAGAAAAAAGGGAGAAUCCUCUACAGACUUCACUGAAGCUACCAAAGAUAAGGAAGAGAUAACUGCAGAGGUAGUAAAGGAAAUAAUAAAAAAGGAAGAGAAACAUUCUAAAGCAAAACAACCCAAGCUAGAGCAUGCUGCAAUAGCUUUACCAUCAGUCCAAGAAGUUAAAACUCCUACAAAUCGAAGUAUACAGAAGAAAGAAAUGAUUGUAACGGAAACCUCUCUUGUAAACCUCCUACAAAAGCCUGACGAAAAAGAACCAAAGAAAGAUCAGGAGGUUGUAACAAAGAAAGAUCAGGAGGUUGUAACAAAGAAAGAUCAGGAGGUUGUAACAAAGAAAGAUCAGGAGGUUGUAACAAAGAAAGAUCAGGAGGUUGUAACAAAGAAAGUUCAGGAGGUUGUAACAAAGAAAGAUCAGGAGGUUGUAACAAAGAAAGUUCAGGAGGUUGUAACAAAGAAAGAUCAGGAGGUUGUAACAAAGAAAGAUCAGGAGGUUGUAACAAAGAAAGAUCAGGAGGUUGUCACAAAGAAAGAUCAAGAAGUUGUAACAAAGAAAGAUCAAGAAGUUGUAACAAAGAAAGAUCAAGAAGUUGUCACAAAGAAAGAUCAAGAGAUUGUAACAAAGAAAAGUGAUACUCUGCUCACCAUGACUACUAUAGAAAGUAAUCAAUCAGACGAUACAAAAGCUCACGAAAAUGAGGAUAAACGAAAGAAGAAGAAAAAGCGCAACAGGUCGAAUCCAAAAGAUCAAGAAGAUGAUUUGGAAAAAGCUUUGAGAGAAAUUGAAGAGAUGGAAAAAAGUGGUAAAAUCCAGCCAACCCAAACUCCCAAAUUGGGACCCGUGGAAGAGGACAAGCCUAAAAGACGGGGUUCAAAGAAGACGAGGAAAACAGAACAAUCAUCUGUGCCAAAAACAGCUGAGCGUACACUCAGUGAUUCAGUCCAGCAAAAAGUUGAGCUAGUAACAAAACCAGAAAAGGUAGAAAAGAAACUUCAGAAAUAUAAAACUGCUGAGCAAGAGAAGGAAGCUUGCCUGGCUGGGAAAAUUUCUGAAGCUGAAAGACGUAAAACCGAAUGCAAGAAGACAAAGGGUGUUAGUUUCAACAAAGAUGAAAAUGAGAUGCAACUUGGUGAGAGUAUGGUGGAAGAAUUGCAGGUCCUGAAGGAGGAGCAAAGUAUAUCCACCUCUAUAGUUAAACAUAAGCAUACUGUGGAACCUGUAGUUGUAUCAGUACCUGAGCAAGUGGCAGUGUCCUCUAACAAACCCCUUAACGGUGUACCUGUAGACCUUAUUCUUGAUCCUCUACCUGACUUACCUACCCAAGUCCCUAAAACUCCUGUAGAUGCUAAUCGUGUAUCUCCAGUAGAGACCUCUGUUUUUCCUUACGAGACCAUUCAAGAUAGUGCUAGUGUAGUGAAGGAUGGAGAUAUAUUAUCAGAAAAGAAUGAGAAACCUUCGGAAAAAGGUUCUGAAGAGAGUCAAGUGGUUCUUUCUUCGGAGAUGUUGCAUACACCUUCAUCACUGCCUGACCAAAUUAGUACCAGUAUGGAACAUACGGUACAAGGUGAGCAUAAGGAAAUCGCUUCGAUAUCUGUUGAGGUUUCACCGUGCCAUAAACAAGACACCUCUCAGUCUCAAAAAACUAUUUCAUGCAAACAGCCACCUUCUGAACUUGAUGAGUCAAUUCAUGAGGAAGAAAUAUUCUAUUUUGAUGACAUAGACAGAGCUGGAUUGGAGAGGAACGUUUUAUCCACAGAAGAAACAGACGACACUACUAUUCUAACAACAGGGAGAGGAAUUACAAUAGAUAAUAAAAAUAGAGAUGGUACACAGAUACAAACCAAUAAUCGUGAGAGCAAGUACACUAAUUUUGAAGAGAAAAUUAGUGAAACAAUCAAAGAGAGAGAGAAAAAUAUCUUUAUGGUUAAUGGUAAAUCAUUGGAGGGAGUAGUAGUAGAACCAGGUAAUAGUGAGGAAAUGUUGCAAAGCCUUCCAGAUGACUCUGUAGUUGCUAAGACAACCAGAGAAUACGAUGUAACCACAACCUACAGCAGUAUCAGAAAUAGAAUUAUUAAAAAGAUUAUUAUGGUUGAUGGUAAACCGAUUGAGACUGAGGAAGUGGUUGAAGAACCAGAAGAUGUCACUGAGGAAAUGCUACAAGAACUGCCAGCUGACUCGGUCAUUACUGAGACAGUCACCACAGAACCUAAAGUAAUCACCACGCACAGAAUCAUCAGAAGGCGAAUAAUUAAGAAGAUUAUUAUGGUUGAUGGUAAACCAGUAGAGACUGAGGAAGUUGUAGAAGAACCUGAAGAUGCUACUGAGGAAAUGCUGCAAGGUCUGCCAGCUGACUCAGUCAUUACAGAGGCAAUCACAGAACCUGAGGUGACCACUGUCCACAAAAUCAUUAGAAGGCGAAUAAUCAAGAAGAUAAUUAUGGUUGAUGGUAAACCAGUAGAGACUGAGGAAGUUGUAGAAGAACCAGAGGAGAUCACUGAGGAAAUGCUGCAAGGUCUGCCAGCUGACUCAGUCAUUACAGAGGCAAUCACAGAACCUGAGGUGACCACUGUCCACAAAAUCAUUAGAAGGCGAAUAAUCAAGAAGAUAAUUAUGGUUGAUGGUAAACCAGUAGAGACUGAGGAAGUUGUAGAAGAACCAGAGGAGAUCACUGAGGAAAUGCUGCAAGGUCUGCCAGCUGACUCAGUCAUUACAGAGACAAUCACAGAGCCUGAGGUGACCACUGUCCACAAAAUCAUUAGAAGGCGAAUAGUCAAGAAGAUAAUUGUGGUUAAUGGUAAACCAGUAGAGACUGAGGAAGUUGUAGAAGAACCUGAAGAUGCUACUGAGGAAAUGCUGCAAGGUCUGCCAGCUGACUCAGUCAUUACAGAGACAGUCACAGAACCUGAGGUGACCACUGUCCACAAAAUCAUUAGAAGGCGAAUAAUCAAGAAGAUAAUUAUGGUUGAUGGUAAACCAGUAGAGACUGAGGAAGUUGUAGAAGAACCAGAGGAGAUCACUGAGGAAAUGCUGCAAGGUCUGCCAGCUGACUCAGUCAUUACAGAGACAAUCACAGAGCCUGAGGUGACCACUGUCCACAAAAUCAUUAGAAGGCGAAUAAUCAAGAAGAUAAUUAUGGUUGAUGGUAAACCAGUAGAGACUGAGGAAGUUAUAGAAGAGCCAGAAGAGGUCACUGAGGAAAUGCUACAACCCCUUCCAACUGACUCUGUUAUCACGGAAACAGAUGUUGCAACAAGUAAAACUGCAAAAGUAACAAGUAACAUAAUUUCUAGAAGGCGAAUAAUAAAGAAGGUAAUUAUGAUUGAUGGUAAGCCAGUCGAAACAGAAGAAAUGAUGGAGGAGCCAGAGGAACUUACUGAGGAAAUGCUGGACACCCUACCAGGAGAUUCCAUGAUUACCGAGUCCCUCACAUACCCUGAAACAUCAACAGCUUGUUCAGCAAUUAGAAAAAGUAAAGUAAAAGUUCUCACGGCUGAUGGAAAACAAGUAUCAAGUGAAGAAACAGCGAAUCCUACAAAUGUUACUGAUGAAAUAUUGCAGAAUAUGAACAUUCCAGACUCGGUCAUUGUUGAAUCAUGUGUAGAGCCAGUGGAUCUUUCUCAAAGUCAGAUUCAACAAGUUAAGGACUCCGACAUUGUAAGGUAUUCUGAACUUGUUGUAGAACCUAAUAAGGAAGCACUUUCAACUGAUUCACCUACAACCUUUGGUAGAAAACAUAGGGUCAUUCAUAAACGAAUUAUCAAAAUUAUCAUUAUGGUUGAUGGCAAACCAGUAGAGACUGAGGAAGUUAUCGAAGAACCAGAGGAUGUCACUGAGGAAAUGCUGCAAGGUUUGCCAGCAGACUGUGCAAUUACUGAGUCAGUCACCACAGAACCUAAGGUAACCACUACACACAGAGUCAUCAGAAGGAGAAUAAUUAAGAAGACUAUUAUCGUGGAUGGUAAGCCAGUAGAGACUGAGCAAGUUAUAGAAAAUCCUGAAGAGGUCACUGAAGAAGUUGUCGAAAGUAUGCCUUCGGACUCGCAGAUUACUGAGACAAUUACAGAGCCAGAUGUAAUCACCACCUACAAAAUCAUCAGAAGGAGAAUAAUUAAGAAAAUUAUUAUGGUUGAUGGUAAGCCAGUAGAGACUGAGGAAAUUGUAGAAGAACCUGAAGAAGUCACUGAGGAAAUGCUGCAAGACCUACCAGCUGACUCUGUCAUUAAUGAGUCAGUCAUAGAUCCUGAGGUGACCACUAUCCGCAAAAUCAUUAGAAGGAGAAUAAUAAAGAAGACUAUUGUCGUAGAUGGUAAGCCAGUAGAGACUGAGGAAGUUAUUGAAGAACCAGAGGAUCUUCUGACAGCUGACUCUGUCAUUACUAAGUCAGUAACACAGCCUGAGGUGACCACUAUCCGCAAAAUCAUUAGGAGGAGAACAAUUAAGAAAACUAUUACCGUGGAUGGGAAACCAGUAGAAACUGAGGAAAUUGUAGAAGAACCAGAGGAUAUUACUGAAGAAAUGCUGCAAGGUCUGCCAGCUGACUCCACCAUUACCAAGUCAAUCUCCUCAGAACCUAAAGUAACUACUACACACAAAAUCAUCAGAAGGAGAAUAAUUAAGAAGAUUAUUAUGGUUGAUGGUAAACCAGUAGAGACUGAGGAAGUUGUAGAAGAACCAGAAGAUGUUACUGAGGAAAUGCUGCAAGGUCUGCCUGCUGACUCAGUCAUUACUGAGACAAUCACAGAACCUGAGGUGACCACUGUCCACAAAAUCAUUCGAAGGAGAAUAAUUAAGAAGAUAAUUAUAGUUGAUGGUAAACCAGUAGAGACUGAGGAAGUUGUAGAAGAACCAGAAGAUGUUACUGAGGAAAUGCUGCAAGGUCUGCCAGCUGACUCAGUCAUUACUGAGACAAUCACAGAACCUGAGGUGACCACUGUCCACAAAAUCAUUCGAAGGAGAAUAAUUAAGAAGAUAAUUAUAGUUGAUGGUAAACCAGUAGAGACUGAGGAAGUUGUAGAAGAACCAGAAGAUGUUACUGAGGAAAUGCUGCAAGGUCUGCCUGCUGACUCAGUCAUUACUGAGACAAUCACAGAACCUGAGGUGACCACUGUCCACAAAAUCAUUCGAAGGAGAAUAAUUAAGAAGAUAAUUAUAGUUGAUGGUAAACCAGUAGAGACUGAGGAAGUUGUAGAAGAACCAGAAGAGGUUACUGAGGAAAUGCUGCAAGGUCUGCCAGCUGACUCAGUCAUUACUGAGACAAUCACAGAACCUGAGGUGACCACUGUCCACAAAAUCAUUCGGAGGAGAAUAAUUAAGAAGAUUAUUAUGGUUGAUGGUAAACCAGUAGAGACUGAGGAAGUUGUAGAAGAACCUGAAAAUGUUACUGAAGAGCAAGUUAAAAUAAGGGAGAAAUUCAAUACUGCAGAUACAGAUGAGAAAUAUAUUAAUGACCCCUCAAAUAAGAAAAAGGAAGAGGUGAAAUCUGUCUUUGCUCUGCCUUUACCAGAUCAUGCUAAUGAUUGGAUGGAAUUAAUUGAAGGAGGGGGCUUUACACUUGAAGAUGAAGAUGGUCCAGAAAUAUCUGCUUCUCCUUUAAAAGGCGAUGCACCUGGAACUUUCUCAAGCUCAGUUAAAGAAGAAACAAUAGAAGAUGACACAACACUAAUACCAGAAAAGAAAGAAAAACAGGAUACUUUAUCUUUAACAUCAAAUACUAGCAUUAAUAGUGUUGAAAACACUGUCCUUUGCGCAUCUGAUGAUACUAGAAGAAUAGAGUCCCAUUCUUCUGAAAAAGCAACAGAUACUAAGCCUGCAUUUGGGCUAAUCUUGCCUGAUCAUGCAAAUGAUUGGUUAGAAAUUCUUGAGGAAGGAGGAUUCACACUUGAAGAUGAAGGUGAAGAAUCUGCCCAAGUGCCAUCUAUUCCAGAUACAUCCUCAGAUGUUUGUAUGUCUCUAGUAGCUCAAGAAGCUAAAAAACCUUCUCCAAAGAUUGAGUCUCAGCCAGAAGAAGAGAGACAUGACAAAUUAUCAUUUAAUCUACCUCUUCCUGAUCAUGCUAAUGACUGGAUGGAAAUAAUUCAAGGUGGUGGCUUUACACUGGAUGACGAGGACGAGCAAGACGAGAGUACCUCUCAAGUGCCAACCCAAGUUACUACUGGUGUGGUUAUCAGUUCAGAAAAAGAGGACAGCAGUGAAAAUCAACCAAGAGUUACUCCUGUUUGUGCUUUUAUAUCUCCUGAAGAAGAAAAAUAUGAAGAAAAACAAGUAAAGCAAGAAACAGAAACCUGUAAAGAACAAGAAGAACCUAAACCAUUUGGCCUUCCUAUACCUGAUCAUGCAGAUGACUGGCUGAAAAUUAUAGAGGAAGGUGGCUUCACACUUGAUGAUGAAGAUGAAGAACCCAUUACUGAACAAUCUGAUAAACCCCUUGAGCUUAGCACUGUCAUUUCCCCUACUACAACCGUCGAAACAGGUCCCAGUUCUCAAGCAGUUAAACCUGUCUUUGGACUCCCUGUUCCAGAUCAUGCUAAUGAUUUCAUGGAAAUAAUUGAAAGUGGAGGUUUUACUCUUGAUUCCGAAUCUGACGAAGAAACACACACAGAAACAACUGAGGAAAUUGCAGCCGCUACAGUGGAGACUGGGGAAACUUAUGAACCAGAAGGUAACUCCAAAUUAUACUCAAUAAUCACAAAACCUGAGCACUUGGUUCAUACAACUGAUAUUACUCAAGAGGUUAUGGAUCAAGUAGAAGUGAAAGAGAGAAUAUCAAGUCAGGAGCAAAGUGAACCUGAAAGUGUUGACCUGAUUGAACCUGCAGUGGAGUCAGAUAAAUCUGAAAAACUAUUUUCUUACGCAACUGCUUUGGCACAUGGUAAAGUAGUUGUCAUAGAGGAACCUAAAGAAGAGCUCAAGAAACCUUAUCCUCAUUGUGUUUCAAUGACAAGUUUAGAAGAAAAACACACAGAAGCAUCUACUUGUACUAAACAAAAGGAGGACUCAGAAGGUUUUGAGGAAAAACACACAGAAGCAUCUACUUAUACUAAACAAAAGAAGGACUCAGAAGGUUUUGAGAAAAAACACACAGAAGCAUCUACUUGUACUAAACAAAAGAAGGACUCAGAAGGUUUUGAGGAGAUUGUCUCCAAGAAGAAGAGGCGUCGCAAGAAGAUAGGCAGUGAAUCAGAACUAGAGACAAAAUCAACUGAGCAUAUUGAAAUUGAGGAUUCUGGAAAGUUUACAGAAGAAUCAACAGUGAUUCAGAAACAAAAAGAAUCAGGAAAAGUAUUUGAAGAAGACAUUUCUGUGAAUGUAAGUGAUGAAACUGACAAACAGAACAAUGAAGUGCUUGUUGAGCAUACAACAGUCAAGGAGACCAAAGAAGUGAAAGCUGAUAAUGAAACAAAUAUUCCAAUAAAGCAAACUGAAAAACCUGAAAAGUCUGACAAAAAGAAGAAAAAGAAAAAGUCCAAGGCAAAAGAUGACGAUGAUGAUGGUGAAGAUGAGAUUGAAAAGGCUUUGAAAGAAAUUUCCAAGAGUCAUAAAGAAAAACCCUCAAAAAAAGACAAGAAAGCAGUUGUUGAGGUGACCAGUGUUGUUGAGACCGAGUAUGCAAAUGUGGUAAUGGAGACAUCUGUUGAGCAGCUGGAACCAGAGACCUCGGCCAAGGAAAAGAAUGAUUCUGUUACUGAGGUUAGAAAACAGACAACAGAAUCAGAUAUCGCUGUAGUGCUCCUUCAAUCAAAUGAGGAUAUUGAAUCCGAAAAGUCUGUGACAAAACCCAAAAUACCAAGCAAAGUAGAAGUUUCCAAGCCAGAAGGGCCAGCUGAUUCUGAUGGUUUUAAGACAUCAUUGCUUUCAGUUAAUCCAGUGAGCCCUAGGCCCACCAGUCCUCAUAUUCCUAUUGAUGAUCCCAACGAUAUUAUUCUGACUCCUCAGUGGAUGCGACAGAGACCAAUUACUCGAACUAACAGCACAGAGGAAAAGAUUAAAACUCCACUUGAGGAACGUAAACAUUUGUUUAAAACCAGAAGUGCACCACUUGAGAGUACUUCCUUUACUGCUACUGAUACAAAUCACAGCAGAGCCUCAAGUGUCUCCGUUUAUGAUGAGGGACAUGGUGAAUACUUACAAUCUAUGCAGGAAGGUUCUUCCAGCUCAUCUUUAGGUGGUAUGCUUCCGGUAGUACCCGGUGAAGAAUAUUAUAAGAAUAAGAAGAAAAGGCCGAAGAAGGGAAAAGGUAAGAAAGGUGAUGAAGAUAAAGAUAGUGACAGUAAAGAUAGAUAUGCAGAAGGUAUUGAUAUGCUUAAAGAAGAUACAGGAGAGUCAAAGGAAGAAGCUUUUAUGCAACAAAAUGAUUACCAGGAACUUCAGGAGGAUGAUGAACCUAUAAUCACACAAAAGAAAGAAGAGACUUCUACACAAAAUGAGGAUGAAGUUUUAGCUCCAGAAAUUGAAGAACAACCUAUUGUGAGAGAAACUGAAAUUCAUGAACAAAUACAAGAGGAAAUUUUGAUUCCAUUUAGUAACACAAAAGAACCUAAAGUUGAAAUUUCAAAAGAGAAAGAUGACAUUGAGUUCAAACCAAAAGAGGUAGCAUCUGCAUUAAGAGAGGAAAUACAACAGGAACCUUCAAAAGAGUUUGAAGUUAUUUAUCACCCAGACAAAGAAGUAGCAGUUGAAGAAGCAGAUUCUCAAAAGAUAGUUAUAGUUUCAGAUAAAGAAGCUCAUCUUAAUCCUGAACUUGAAACUGUUCCAAAGGAAGCAACUGCAUUAAAAGAAAUACAGCAGGAACCUUCAAAAGAAUUUGAAGUUGUUCAUCACCCGAUGGAAGAGACAGCAGGAUCUCAAGAAGGAGUGAUGGUGUCAGAAACAGAAAUACAGCUUAAUCCUGAAAGUGAAACUGUUCCAAAGGAAGCAACCACAAUAAGUGAGGAAAUGCAUCAGGAACUUUCAAAAGAGUUUGAAGUUGUUCAUCUCCCAAAAGAAGAAGCAACAUUGGAAGAUGCAGAGUCUAAAAAAUUAGUGAUUUUAUUGGAAAAAGAAGUUUACCUUAAUCCCAAAAGUGAAACUGUUCCAAAGGAAGCAGCUGUACUAAGUGAGGGAAUACAACAGGAACCCUCAAAAGAGUUUGAUGUUGUUCACCACCCGAAGGAAAAAGAAGCUGAAUCUCAAGAAGUAGUGUUGGUGUCAGAAACAAAAGUUCACUUUAAUCCUGAAAGUGAAACUGUUCAAAAAGAAUUUGACAUUGAAUGCUUGGUAUUGGAGGAGGAGGUUGAAAAAUUGCAGGAACAAUGCAACAAAGACGAACAACUUGGAUUACAAAAAAUUGCGCCAAAUAUUGAAGAAGCUCUUGAAGAAGCUAUGACAAGUGAGUUAGAUGCUCCAGGUGGACAUUCACCUGUACUGCAGCCAGUAGAACCCAAGCCUGAGCUUGCUCUUCCUUUGCCUAAACAUGUCGAUGACUGGAUGGACAUCACAGAAGGUGGAUUUACUCCUGAAGAUGAAGCAGAGCAGCCUGUUAAAGUUAGCUCAAAGAAGGAAAUGGUCUCUGAUGCAGAAGCUGGAACUGUAAAGAGUAUUUAUUUUGCUACAACUACUGAAGAUAAAUCAAUGGAAUCAUUAGAAGUCACUCCAGAAGAAAGUGAGAUAAGUAUGCCUUCUGAAAUGGGUUCUGUGGAAAGCACCUGGCAUGAGCCUCAUUCAGAAGAUGAUUCUGGAGUGAGCUUUGCAGGAGCUUCUGAAUGUUCAGAACCUCUGGAACAAUAUCAGUCAAAAACUUACGCCAGUAUUCUCAUUCAUACUCCUGCUGUUGUUGUAGAAGAGCCAGCUGAAGAACCUAAAAAGACGCAUGUUUACCUGAACCCAACUGUUGUAGAAAAAGAAGAAAGUUCUAAAGAAAUUAUGAAGUCUCCAGCUGUGGUAGAUGAAGAAGGAUUUACCGAAUUUGUGUCCAAGAGGGGAAGGUACAGGAGAAAAACUCACAGCACCUCUGCAAUUACAGAUGAAAUUGAAGAAACAGUCAAAGCUGUUGUGGAAGAAUGUAGCAAAAAGGACACCAUGAAAAUCACAAAAGAAGAUAUAAAGGAAGUGAUGAGUGCAGACAUAGAUGAUAUAGAAAGUGAAAGUGAAAACAGUUUUCUUCAAGCACUUCGACCUAAAAGAAGUAAAUCGAGACAACGAUCAAGGUCAAAGAAGUCACCCAAAAUAUCUGAAUCAGAAAAAGAAAUAGAUAAAAUUGUGGCAGCAAUUGAAAGAGGGGAAACACCUCCAAAAACUAAAGAUAUAAUUGAGUAUGAACAUAAACUCUUUGCUGCAUUUUACCUUGGUUCAGAAUUAUGGUACGAUGUAUUUGGUAUCCGUGAUGCUGAAACAUACUACCAAAGGUAUCUUGUUACUAAAUCUAAAAAGGAAUUAAAUAAAGAAGAAAAUUUUGCUUCUGUUGUUGACUCUCAAGAAACUAAAAUUCAACCAGACCCAAUAACAUUGGUAUCUCCAAUCUCAGAAGUGAUUUCAUCAUCACAAGUGAUAGCAUCUCAAACAAGAGAAGCAGCUGCAAGACAAGACGUGCUAAUGCCUGCAACUGCAACUGCUGUAGAAGUGACACCAGCAGCAGAACAAGAACUGAUAACUUCUGCUGUAGAAGUGACACCAGCAGCAGAACAAGAACUGAUAACUUCUGCUGUAGAAGUGACACCAGCAGCAGAACAAGAACUGAUAACUUCUGUUGUAGAAGUGACACCAGCAGCAGAACAAGAAUUGAUAACUUCUGCUGUAGAAGUGACACCAGCAGCAGAACAAGAACUGAUAACUUCUGCUGUAGAAGUGACACCAGCAGCAGAACAAGAACUGAUAACUUCUGCUGUAGAAGUGACACCAGCAGCAGAACAAGAACUGAUAACUUCUGCUGUAGAAGUGACACCAGCAGCAGAACAAGAACUGAUAACUUCUGCUGUAGAAGUGACACCAGCAGCAGAACAAGAACUGAUAACUUCUGCUGUAGAAGUGACACCAGCAGCAGAACAAGAACUGAUAACUUCUGCUCUAGAAGUGACACCAGCAGCAGAACAAGAAUUGAUAACUUCUGCUGUAGAAGCAACACCAGCAGCAGAACAAGAACUGAUAACUUCUGCUGUAGAAGUGACACCAGCAGCAGAACAAGAACUAAUAACUUCUGUAGAAGUGACACCAGCAACAGAACAAGCAGAACUAAUAACUUCUGCUGUAUUAGUGACACCAGCAACAGAACAAGAACUAAUAACUUCUGCUGUAGAAGUAAUGCCAGCAAUAAAAGACCCAAUAUAUGAGGUAAUUGAAAUUUCUCCUGUUGGAGCAGAAUCAGCAUCUGAAUUCCUAGAAAUAACUCCAGAAGUGUCCCAGAUUUCCUGUGUACCAGAAGCUGAUCAAAGGCCAGUAAAUUCAGUGGUACAAGCUGAAGAAGUAUUUCCAGUUUAUUUGAUGCCAGCUGAUCUUGAUUCUACAAGAUAUGACAUGAAGACUAUUGUGGAAUCUGAAACAAGGUAUUAUGAAUAUCUUGCACAGCAAUAUGCGAAAUCUCUUCCUACACCAGACAGUAAAAUUUCUUCUGAUCAAAAAUUAAUCUCUCAAAUAACUGAUUUAGAGGAAACAAAAUAUCAGUGUGUGGAAAAUGAUAAAACUGAGACACACAAAAGUCACACAGAUGAAGAUAAAACUGUGAUAAACAACGAACGUGUAAUUGACAAAGCUGUAAUAGAUGAGACUGAGAUGGUUGAAGAUAAGGUUGUUAUAAAUGAGAAUGAUGUGGAUGAAGCAAUGAUUUUGCAGGCAUCAUUAGUAACUGAUGCACAGCAACAUAAAAGAGCAGGUGGGGAUGUAUUGACUGGAGAACCUCUCACACAAUGUGAGGAGCAUGUGGUGUUAUCAGGUAAACUGGUUGAGAGUGAAGAUAUUUUAGGUCUUCCUGAAAAGCCACAACAAAGAUCAACAACAUCUACAGAUGCCCUGCAACAUGAAAAUAUCCAUUAUAACAUGCCAGAAAUUUUGCAAGCUGAGGCACAGUACCAAGAGUACUUGGUUAAAUCAGAAAAGUUAGCCGAUUCUAAAAUCAACAUUGGUAGGCCACCAGUAGAGUCACCAGUGACAACUAAAGAUGCACUCCAAGCUGAAAGGGUAUAUUAUAAUGUUUCAGAAAUGCAUCAAGCUGAGACACAGUACUAUGAGUACUUAGCACAGUCACAAAAAUCGAGAGAGACUGAUGACAGCCUUGGUGUGCCAGUCAUACAACCACAACAAACAUCAACUGAGACUGAUGACAGCCUUGGUGUGCCAGUCAUACAACCACAACAAACAUCAGCUGAGACUGAUGACAGCCUUGAUGUGCCAGUCAUACAACCACAACAAACAUCAGCUGAGACUGAUGACAGCCUUGGUGUGCCAGUCAUACAACCACAACAAACAUCAGCUGAGACUGAUGACAGUCUUGGUGUGCCAGUCAUACAACCACAACAAACAUCAGCUGAGACUGAUGACAGUCUUGGUGUGCCAGUCAUACAACCACAACAAUCAUCACCAGAGACUGAUGACAGCCUUGGUGUGCCAGUCAUACAACCACAACAAACAUCAACUGAGACUGAUGACAGCCUUGGUGUGCCAGUCAUACAACCACAACAAACAUCACCAGAGACUGAUGACAGCCUUGGUGUGCCAGUCAUACAACCACAACAAACAUCACCAGAGACUGAUGACAGCCUUGGUGUGCCAGUCAUACAACCACAACAAACAUCACCAGAGACUGAUGACAGCCUUGGUGUGCCAAUCGUACAACCACAUCAAACAUCAGCAGCAAUUAAAGAUGCAAUGCAACCAGAAAAGUCUGCAUAUAAUAUUUUAGAAAUCCUUGAAGCUGAGACACAGUACCAAGAGUACUUAGUGCAGCAGGAAAUGUCAGGAAAAACAGAAGACAACUUUGGUCUGCCAGCAGUACAGCCACAGCAGACAUCAGUAGAGAUUAAAGAUUCAUUGCAGCAUGAAAAGGUCCCUUAUAAUGUUUCAGAAAUUCUUCAAGCCGAGGCACAGUACCAAGAGUACUUAGCUCAGUCAGUAACGACAGCCGAGACGGAAGACAGCUUUAGUGUGCCUGAAGUACACACCCAUCAGAUAUCGGCAACAAUUCAAGAUGUUUUGAAACCUGAAAAGGCCCCUUGUAAUGUUUCAGAAAUUCUUCCAAUUGAAACACAGCACCAUGAAUACUUUGCAGAGUCAGAAAAGCUACUGGAGACUGAAGACAACACUGCUCUGCCAGAAAUGCAGCCACAAGACACAUCAAAUACUGCAGAUGUGUUGAAGACAGAAAAGACCACUUGUAGUUUUAUAGAAAUUCCUCAAGCUAUGCCACAGUCCCAGGAGUCCAUGCAACCAGAAAAGUCAGCAGAGACUGAAGACAACAGUGAUCAGCCAAGAGUUCAACCACAUCUGACAUCAGCAGCAACUGAAGAGUCCUUGCAACCAGAAAAGAUCACUUAUGAUGUUAGAGAAAUUCUUCAAGCUGAAACACAGUACCAAGAGUACUUGGAUCAAUCAAAAAUAUUAACCAAGACUGAGGACUGGCGUGGUCUGUCUGACUGCCAACCACAACAGACAUCAACAUUAUCUGAAGAUACAAUGCAAUAUGAAAAAAUCCAAAUUGAAAAGCCAGGUUAUAAUAUAUUGGAGAUAUUGCAGGCUGAGACACAGGAUAAAGAACAUUCUGGGCAAUCAGAACGGUUAGCUGCAGCUGAAGAUAAUGCAGACCAAGAAAAAGUACAAGUACAAGAACUGUCAACAACUAGUCAAAUAAUUUAUACUGAAAUCAGGGACAAGGAACGCUUAGUGCAAAUAAAUGACCCAGCUAUGACUGAGGAUAAUGGACUUGAAGCAGAUACACGAAUACUUGCUGCAUCUGCAGAUGCUUUGCAGCACGAAGAGAAACCCCAUGAUUUACCAGUUAUUAAAGAGGCUGAAGUACAAUUUCAGAAGCAUUAUAUACAGUUGCAACAAGUCUGUGAAAGCACAAACCCAACAGAAGAAGUCCAAAUCACAAACCAACCAGGGGUGCACAUUACAAAAGAGGAAGAGGAAGGACAAACAACUUCCAUUUCCACAGCUUUCAUAACUUCUGAAGCAUCAUCGGUAAUGCAUUAUGAUAUGCCUUCAAUCCAGAUGGCUGAAACUAAAUAUCAGGAAUAUUUAGCACAGACCCAGGAUAGCUUAUCAUGGGCUAAUGUUGUUGCACAUGGGAAGCCAUUAAUCAUAGAGGAAGUAGAAAAGCCAUUCCAGGAUGAUAAAUCCUUCAUCCUAUACCAAACCAAGACAGUCAAAGUUGUGGUCACAGAUGAAGAAGUUUCUAAACCUUUGGUGCCUCAGUCAACUGAUGAAGAAGGGUUUACCGAAUUUGUGUCAAAACAGGAAAGACGCCGUCGCUUGCGUUCAUCUUGCUCAGAAGAUCCUGAAGAUGCUGUAAAGGAUAUUGUGCCCUAUGUUCCAAGAAUAGAGUUGCCAGAAGUAGAAAUUGUAGAAGAAAUAGAGCAGGCAAAUUUGCAAGAAAAAACGAAGGAUGAUUCUGAAACAGAAUUAGUUGAUGAAGAAAGCAUGGUGGAAACAGUUGAGAUAACAGUGAGGUCUAAGAAGCGCUUAGAUAGCCACAGAAGAGGCCAGUGUCAUCGUAUAUCUGAAAACGAAAAGGAAGUGGAUGAAAUUCUUCGCCAAAUGGGCCGUGAAGAGGUAUUACAAAAAUAUGCCAUUCAUGACUCAUUCUGGAAUGACAAAUGGUUAGCAGAGGACAGUGAAAAGAAGUAUUAUGAAAUGAUAGCUAAAGUUUCUGAUACUGCCUUGGAGCCAUUGCUUGUAAGUAAAGCAGAAACUCAAGAGACAGUCCAUGAACCUGAAAAACCACACCAAGUUGAUGUGAUAGGAAGGCUGACAAAAGAAGAGUGCAUUGUUCCCACCCUUACAGCAACUACUAACACCUUGUGUGCCUCUCCACCAAUGUCUCCGCAUGUUACUAGUGAUAACACCAUUCAUGAACUAACUUCAUCCUUUUCAUACAACAUGGCUGCAAUUAAUGAGGCUGAAUCUAGAUAUUAUGAAUAUCUGGCACAGCUUAAUCAAAUUAACCAGAAACAAGAGCGACCAAAAGAAGAAAUUGUAAGGAAUGUAAAGGAAGAAGAAUUUAUACCCCAGCAUAUUAGAGAAGAUGAAAAUGCUUUGUUGCAGGGAUCUUCCAUUACUACAGAAACAAGCCCUCAAACAUUGUUGAAGCCCGAUAACGUUAUUAUUUGCGAAUCGGAUAAAUAUGACCACUCAGCAAUCCAGGAGGCUGAAAUGAAGUACCAGGAAUAUUUAGUCCAGUCAGACCAGGUGCAAAUUCCAAAGGAUGAGGUUGGCAUACAACCAGAAAUAGUAGCAAAUGCUCAGAAUGAAUCAAAAACUGAAUCAUUGGAGCCCUUGCUCUCAGAAACUUCAACAGUAGUGGGCUGUAAUGUAACUGAUAUUCAGAAGGCUGAGAUCAGUUUUCAGAAAUAUCAUGCAGAAACAGAAGAUACUGCUUCUUGGGCUAAUAUUGUGGCUCAUGGGAAGACAGUAAUUAAGGAACCAGAGAAAGAGACACCCCAGAAUGACAAAUCUUUCAUCCUGUACCAAACAAAAACAGUGAAGGUUGUGGUCUCAGAUGAAGAGGCUAUGAAACCACAGGUGCCUUUGUCAACUGAUGAAGAAGGUUUUACCGAAUUUGUCUCUAAGCACGAGCGUCGCCGUCGAUUGCGGUCAUCGUGUUCUGAGGAACCAGAAGAUAGUGUGAAAGACAUAGUGCCUUAUAUACCAAGAAUAGAAUUACCAGAAGUAGAAAUUGUAAAGGAAUCGGAAGAAAUUAAAUCCAAAUUACUUCCUUUAACUACAGAACAAGAUGAAGACAUUGUAAAGGAAGAAUGUGUACCCCAAAAGCCUGAUAAAACACACAAAUUCAUGAGAGAAAGGCAUCAUAAACGUAAUCGUUCUCGUGUGUCCGAGGCUGAGCAGGAGGUGAAUGAAAUUCUUCGUCAAAUGGAUCGUGAAGAAGUUCUUCGCAACAAUGCAUCUCAUGAUUUCUUCUUGUGUAACCAGUGGAUGUACAGCGAUGCUGAGAAGAACUACUUUGAAAUGUUAGCCAAGAUCAAGAAAGCUAAUGUCGAUCUGGUGAGUGAACUUUUAGAGAAGGGUGAUGAUGAUGAUAAAGAUGAUGACAGUGAUGUCUCUGGCUCAUCUCACGGGCCUCCACCAGCUUCUGACGAUAAAGGUGGUAGCCCAACGAGAACAUACCAGAAUGAAAUCAUGCAGGCUGACCUCCCUCAUGGUUUAGCAAACUGGACUGAUGAGAGCACAUAUCUUUCUUUAACCCCAAGUCUCCCAGACCAAGUCACUGAUACUAGUUUCCCAAGCACUAAUAUGACUCAGACACAACUGACUGACAGUUUGACUAUGACACAGACAGCAGAUUCCACUAGUAAGACAACAAUGACUGUAAUCAGCAAGAAGGCAGCUUUCCUGCAGGCCCCUUGUCAAGACAAUACAACACUCGCCCAGCACAGAGAGCACCAGGAGGAAGCCAAGAAGAAAGUAUCAGCAGUGCAACACAAACUUGAUAGCUUCCAGGAGAGAAUCAAGGCUCUUGUGGAUUAUACUGUUGUUGAACAGUUAACUUCUAUACAGAAACUUAUUAUUGAGAUGCAACAAGUUGAGAAUGAACUGAAUUGUUUAGAAGACAAAGGAAAGACAAUGGAACAAGACUCUGAGAUGCUGAAUAUGCAGGCUGCUGUCUCUGGUCUAAGAAUGCGUCUGAAAACCAUGUGCUCACAAGCGGAAUCUAAGAAAAAAGAAAUUGAGGGAAGACAUAGUGAAACUGAGCAACAGAAGUUCCACUUGAUUGAAUACCAGCAGCUACUUCAAGAUUUAGAAUGCUGGGUCACGGAAACCUAUACCCAAAUCACCACGGAAAUUUCACAUGGGUCUGCAGCAGCCAUCCGUGAACAGAUAUCCGUAAAUCAGAUUCUGCAGCGUGAUUUGCGCCAUCGUGAACAUCAGUUGGCUGAGCUCCGCAGUAAGUGUGAGCGUGUGCGGGGUGACUCACAUAUUGAAUCUUUGGCUCAAGAGAUGACAGAUCAUCUCUCUGUUUUGAGUCAAACCAUUUCAGACACACGACUAGUACUUCAAAAUCGUCUUCAGCAGCUGAAGGAGAUCCUGGCGAAUGAAAUGAUGCGGGAAGAAACUGAGAAACAAGAGGCAAAUAAGGAUUAUGAGAGUACAAUUGCUAGUGUAGAAUCUGUCCAGCUUCAUCAGCAUCCCAGUAUAAGUGCAGACCAACUCAAGAAAAAGGAAUUUACUACUAUCACUACAGAAACUUUCACAGAACCAGAAAUUACAACAGUUUAUAAGGUUAUGAGAAGGAGGAUCAUUAAAAAGAUUACAUUAGUUGAUGGUGUACCAGUAGAAACAGAGGAAGUUAUUGAAGAGCCAAGUGACGAUAAAGGAGAGCCAAGUGCCUCAGACACCACAACUACUGUCGUGAGAGCCAUUCGUCGAAGAAGCAUCACAAAGACAAUCAUCAUUGACGGUAAACCAGUGGAAAUCAAAGAAGUAGUUGAAGAACCAGAAGAUGUUGCUGAGGAACUAGUUGAAGAGGGUUCAGUGGAUCACAGCAAAAUGUUGAAGAGCUUGGAACAUGAAGGAAAGUUUUUGGAUUCAGCAGAGGAAGUAAUGGAACCUGAUACAUUUAACCCUCAAACUGUAAUCACUACACAUCAAGACAUUAGAAGAAUAGUAAAAAGAAUUGUGAUGAUUAAUGGUAAGGCUAUUGAAAUUGAGGAAUUUGAAGACCCACAGAAUGUCAAGCAUGAAGAUUUCCAAGGAAAUUCUCCAGAUGAUGAAGUGGAUAAUAUUACCAGUCCCAAUAUAAACAGUCCCAAAUCCUUUACUAAAGAAAAAUUAGCUGAACCAGCUACCACAACAACUACUCGUAAAUUUGAUGACAAAAGGAUAAUAACAAAAAUUUUAUUUGUUGAUGGUAAACCUAUAGACUCUGAAGAAGUAGUAGAACCAAAAAAUAUUACUGAGGAAAUGCUGCAAGGUCUGCCAGCUGACUCCGUGAUUACUGAGACAAUCACAGAACCUGAGGUGACCACUGUCCACAAAAUCAUUCGAAGAAGAAUAAUCAAGAAGAUUAUUAUGGUUGAUGGUAAACCAGUAGAGACUGAGGAAGUUGUUGAAGAACCAGAAGAUGCAACUGAGGAAAUGCUGCAAGAUCUGCCUGCUGACUCAGUCAUUACUGAGACAAUCACAGAACCUGAGGUGACCACUGUCCACAAAAUCAUAAGAAGGAGAAUAAUCAAGAAGAUAAUUAUGAUUGAUGGUAAACCAGUAGAGACUGAGGAAGUUGUAGAAGAACCAGAAGAGGUUACUGAGGAAAUGCUGAAAGAUCUGCCAGCUGACUCUGUGAUUACUGAGACAAUCACAGAACCUGAGGUGACCACUGUCCACAAAAUCAUUAGAAGGAGAAUAAUCAAGAAGAUAAUUAUUAUUGAUGGUAAACCAGUAGAGACUGAGGAAGUUGUAGAAGAACCAGAAGAGGUUACUGAGGAAAUGCUGAAAGAUCUGCCAGCUGACUCCGUGAUUACUGAGACAAUCACAGAACCUGAGGUGACCACUGUCCACAAAAUCAUUAGAAGGAGAAUAAUCAAGAAGAUAAUUAUGAUUGAUGGUAAACCAGUAGAGACUGAGGAAGUUGUAGAAGAACCAGAAGAGGUUACAGAGGAAAUGCUGAAAGAUCUGCCAGCUGACUCUGUGAUUACUGAGACAAUCACAGAACCUGAGGUGACCACUGUCCACAAAAUCAUUAGAAGGAGAAUAAUCAAGAAGAUAAUUAUUAUUGAUGGUAAACCAGUAGAGACUGAGGAAGUUGUAGAAGAACCGGAAGAGGUUACUGAGGAAAUGCUGCUAGGUCUGUCAGCUGACUCAGUCAUUACUGAGACAUUCACAGAACCUGAGGUGACGACUGUCCACAAAAUCAUUAGGAGAAUAAUCAAGAAGAUAAUUAUGGUUGAUGGUAAACCAGUAGAGACUGAGGAAGUUGUAGAAGAACCAGAAGAGGUUACUGAGGAAAUGCUGAAAGAUCUGCCAGUUGACUCCAUGAUUACUGAGACAAUCACAGAACCUGAGGUGACCACUGUCCACAAAAUCAUUAGAAGGAGAAUAAUCAAGAAGAUAAUUAUGAUUGAUGGUAAACCAGUAGAGACUGAGGAAGUUGUAGAAGAACCGGAAGAUGCAACUGAGGAAAUGCUGCAAGAUCUGCCUGUUGACUCAGUCAUUACUGAGACAAUCACAGAACCUGAGGUGACCACUGUCCACAAAAUCAUUAGAAGGAGAAUAAUCAAGAAGAUAAUUAUGAUUGAUGGUAAACCAGUAGAGACUGAGGAAGUUGUAGAAGAACCGGAAGAGGUUACUGAGGAAAUGCUGAAAGAUCUGCCAGCUAACUCCGUGAUUACUGAGACAAUCACAGAACCUGAGGUGACCACUGUCCACAAAAUCAUUAGAAGGAGAAUAAUCAAGAAGAUAAUUAUGAUUGAUGGUAAACCAGUAGAGACUGAGGAAGUUGUAGAAGAACCGGAAAAGGUUACUGAGGAAAUGCUGAAAGAUCUGCCAGCUGACUCCGUGAUUACUGAGACAAUCACAGAACCUGAGGUGACCACUGUCCACAAAAUCAUUAGAAGGAGAAUAAUCAAGAAGAUAAUUAUGAUUGAUGGUAAACCAGUAGAGACUGAGGAAGUUGUAGAAGAACCGGAAGAGGUUACUGAGGAAAUGCUGAAAGAUCUGCCAGCUGACUCUGUGAUUACUGAGACAAUCACAGAACCUGAGGUGACCACUGUCCACAAAAUCAUUAGAAGGAGAAUAAUCAAGAAGAUAAUUAUGAUUGAUGGUAAACCAGUAGAGACUGAGGAAGUUGUAGAAGAACCAGAAGAGGUUACUGAGGAAAUGCUGCAAGGUCUGUCAGCUGACUCAGUCAUUACUGAGACAAUCACAGAACCUGAGGUGACGACUGUCCACAAAAUCAUUAGAAGGAGAAUAAUCAAGAAGAUAAUUAUGGUUGAUGGUAAACCAGUAGAGACUGAGGAAGUUGUAGAAGAACCAGAAGACGUUACUGAGGAAAUGCUGCAAGGUCUGCCAACUGACUCAGUCAUUACUGAAACAAUAACAGAGCCUGAGGUGACGACUGUCCACAAAAUCAUUAGAAGGAGAAUAAUCAGGAAGAUAAUUAUGGUUGAUGGUAAACCAGUAGAGACUGAGGAAGUUGUAGAAGAACCAGAAGAGGUUACUGAGGAAAUGCUGAAAGAUCUGCCAGUUGACUCCAUGAUUACUGAGACAAUCACAGAACCUGAGGUGACCACUGUCCACAAAAUCAUUAGAAGGAGAAUAAUCAAGAAGAUUAUUAUGGUUGAUGGUAAACCAGUAGAGACUGAGGAAGUUGUAGAAGAACCAGAAGAUGCAACUGAGGAAAUGCUGCAAGAUCUGCCUGCUGACUCAGUCAUUACUGAGACAAUCACAGAACCUGAGGUGACCACUGUCCACAAAAUCAUUAGAAGGAGAAUAAUCAAGAAGAUAAUUAUGGUUGAUGGUAAACCAGUGGAGACUGAGGAAGUUGUAGAAGAACCAGAAGAGGUUACUGAGGAAAUGCUGCAAGGUCUGUCAGCUGACUCAGUCAUUACUGAGACAAUCACAGAACCUGAGGUGACGACUGUCCACAAAAUCAUUAGAAGGAGAAUAAUCAAGAAGAUAAUUAUGGUUGAUGGUAAACCAGUAGAGACUGAGGAAGUUGUAGAAGAACCAGAAGACGUUACUGAGGAAAUGCUGCAAGGUCUGCCAACUGACUCAGUCAUUACUGAAACAAUCACAGAGCCUGAGGUGACGACUGUCCACAAAAUCAUUAGAAGGAGAAUAAUCAGGAAGAUAAUUAUGGUUGAUGGUAAACCAGUAGAGACUGAGGAAGUUGUAGAAGAACCAGAAGAUGCAACUGAGGAAAUGCUGCAAGAUCUGCCUGCUGACUCAGUCAUUACUGAGACAAUCACAGAACCUGAGGUGACCACUGUCCACAAAAUCAUUAGAAGGAGAAUAAUCAAGAAGAUAAUUAUGGUUGAUGGUAAACCAGUAGAGACUGAGGAAGUUGUAGAAGAACCAGAAGAGGUUACUGAGGAAAUGCUGCAAGGUCUGCCAGCUGACUCGGUCAUUACUGAGACAAUCACGGAACCUGAGGUGACCACUGUCCACAAAAUCAUUAGAAGGAGAACAAUUAAGAAGAUUAUUAUGGUUGAUGGUAAACCAGUAGAGACUGAGGAAGUUGUAGAAGAACCAGAAGAGGUUACUGAGGAAAUGCUGAAAGAUCUGCCAGUUGACUCCAUGAUUACUGAGACAAUCACAGAACCUGAGGUGACCACUGUCCACAAUAUCAUUAGAAGGAGAAUAAUCAAGAAGAUAAUUAUGAUUGAUGGUAAACCAGUAGAGACUGAGGAAGUUGUAGAAGAACCAGAAGAGGUUACUGAGGAAAUGCUGAAAGAUCUGCCAGCUGACUCCGUGAUUACUGAGACAAUCACAGAACCUGAGGUGACCACUGUCCACAAAAUCAUUAGAAGGAGAAUAAUCAAGAAGAUAAUUAUGAUUGAUGGUAAACCAGUAGAGACUGAGGAAGUUGUAGAAGAACCAGAAGAGGUUACUGAGGAAAUGCUGCUUGGUCUGUCAGCUGACUCAGUCAUUACUGAGACAAUCACAGAGCCUGAAGUGACGACUGUCCACAAAAUCAUUAGAAGGAGAAUAAUCAGGAAGAUAAUUAUGGUUGAUGGUAAACCAGUAGAGACUGAGGAAGUUGUAGAAGAACCAGAAGAGGUUACUGAGGAAAUGCUGAAAGAUCUGCCAGUUGACUCCAUGAUUACUGAGACAAUCACAGAACCUGAGGUGACCACUGUCCACAAAAUGAUUAGAAGGAGAAUAAUCAAGAAGAUAAUUAUGGUUGAUGGUAAACCAGUAGAGACUGAGGAAGUUGUAGAAGAACCAGAAGAGGUUACUGAGGAAAUGCUGCAAGGUCUGCCAGCUGACUCAGUCAUUACUGAGACAAUCACAGAACCUGAGGUGACCACUGUCCACAAAAUCAUUAGAAGGAGAAUAAUUAAGAAGAUUAUUAUGGUUGAUGGUAAACCAGUAGAGACUGAGGAAGUUGUAGAAGAACCAGAAGAUGCAACUGAGGAAAUGCUACAAGAUCUGCCUGCUGACUCAGUCAUUACUGAGACAAUCACGGAACCUGAGGUGACCACUGUCCACAAAAUCAUUAGAAGGAGAAUAAUCAAGAAGAUAAUUCUGAUUGAUGGUAAACCAGUAGAGACUGAGGAAGUUGUAGAAGAACCGGAAGAGGUUACUGAGGAAAUGCUGAAAGAUCUGCCAGCUGACUCCGUGAUUACUGAGACAAUCACAGAACCUGAGGUGACCACUGUCCACAAAAUCAUUAGAAGGAGAAUAAUCAAGAAGAUAAUUAUGAUUGAUGGUAAACCAGUAGAGACUGAGGAAGUUGUAGAAGAACCGGAAGAGGUUACUGAGGAAAUGCUGCAAGGUCUGCCAGCUGACUCCGUGAUUACUGAGACAAUCACAGAACCUGAGGUGACCACUGUCCACAAAAUCAUUAGAAGGAGAAUAAUCAAGAAGAUAAUUCUGAUUGAUGGUAAACCAGUAGAGACUGAGGAAGUUGUAGAAGAACCGGAAGAGGUUACUGAGGAAAUGCUGAAAGAUCUGCCAGCUGACUCCGUGAUUACUGAGACAAUCACAGAACCUGAGGUGACCACUGUCCACAAAAUCAUUAGAAGGAGAAUAAUCAAGAAGAUAAUUCUGAUUGAUGGUAAACCAGUAGAGACUGAGGAAGUUGUAGAAGAACCAGAAGAGGUUACUGAGGAAAUGCUGCAAGGUCUGCCAGCUGACUCAGUCAUUACUGAGACAAUCACAGAACCUGAGGUGACCACUGUCCACAAAAUCAUUAGAAGGAGAAUAAUUAAGAAGAUUAUUAUGGUUGAUGGUAAACCAGUAGAGACUGAGGAAGUUGUAGAAGAACCAGAAGAUGCAACUGAGGAAAUGCUACAAGAUCUGCCUGCUGACUCAGUCAUUACUGAGACAAUCACGGAACCUGAGGUGACCACUGUCCACAAAAUCAUUAGAAGGAGAAUAAUCAAGAAGAUAAUUCUGAUUGAUGGUAAACCAGUAGAGACUGAGGAAGUUGUAGAAGAACCGGAAGAGGUUACUGAGGAAAUGCUGAAAGAUCUGCCAGCUGACUCCGUGAUUACUGAGACAAUCACAGAACCUGAGGUGACCACUGUCCACAAAAUCAUUAGAAGGAGAAUAAUCAAGAAGAUAAUUAUGAUUGAUGGUAAACCAGUAGAGACUGAGGAAGUUGUAGAAGAACCGGAAGAGGUUACUGAGGAAAUGCUGCAAGGUCUGCCAGCUGACUCCGUGAUUACUGAGACAAUCACAGAACCUGAGGUGACCACUGUCCACAAAAUCAUUAGAAGGAGAAUAAUCAAGAAGAUAAUUCUGAUUGAUGGUAAACCAGUAGAGACUGAGGAAGUUGUAGAAGAACCGGAAGAGGUUACUGAGGAAAUGCUGAAAGAUCUGCCAGCUGACUCCGUGAUUACUGAGACAAUCACAGAACCUGAGGUGACCACUGUCCACAAAAUCAUUAGAAGGAGAAUAAUCAAGAAGAUAAUUAUGAUUGAUGGUAAACCAGUAGAGACUGAGGAAGUUGUAGAAGAACCAGAAGGGGUUACUGAGGAAAUGCUGCUAGGUCUGUCAGCUGACUCGAUCAUUGCUGAGACAUUCACAGAACCUGAGGUGACCACUGUCCAUAAAAUCAUUAAGAGGAAAAUAAUUAAGAAGGUUAUUAUGGUUGAUGGGAAGCCGGUGGAGACUGAGGAAGAUGUAGAAGAACCAGAGGAUGAGAGUUUAGAGUCUGUAGAUUCUGCUAGUGCUUUACCUACCCAUUUGGCAGGAGUCCGUGUAAUUAAGAAAAAUAUUAAAAUUAAACGUUGUGUGCACACAGUUGAUGGAAGCGACGUGAUUGACGAGGAAAGAGCUGAAACACCUGAAGAGAUUCAUGAGUAUCCUUCAGGUAUUGGAGCAAUGCAGCCAAUUACAAUACCAAUAAGUGAUGAUGUGGAACGUGUUUCUGGGGUUGCCUCAUCAUCUUAUGACAAUGUUCCAGACCAAAAGGCAAGAGUCAUUCGGGAACUGAAAAUCUUUGGUGGCCAACCAAUAUUAUCGGAAGAAAUUCUUGAAGGUGGUGAGCCCUUUGCACCAGGUGAUACCCCAGAAGUCAGAAACAUUGAGUAUCAUGUUGUACGAAGAUACAAAAAGGUUAUUAAGAGAGUCCAGAUAAUUAAUGGAGAGAAGGUUGAAAUAGCGGAAGUUGUAGAGGGACCUGAAACUGAGUUUAGCUUGCCAGAUGAUGGAUCAGGUGUGACUGUUACAGAAAUGUAUGAUGGAAAUGAGGCUAUGCCAAGCCUCCCUGUCAAAACUUCAAUAGAAGUCGCUGGCCCUCAACCAUUUCCAAAUCAACUGGAAGAUGGGAGUCAACCUAAAGAUAUGGAGGAUAGAAUAAAAUCAUGUUGGGAUGAAGAGUUCUAUCCCAGUACUGCUAAACCUACAGAAAAGGAACCAGUGCCCCAUAGUACUGAUGAUGCUCCUCAUCUCUUGCAACCAGUUUCACCUGACAUAAAGGACGCAGAACUGGAUUCAUUCCCAGUACCAGAUAAUUCAUUCCUACCACCAGUAGAUAAAGAUAGCACACCAGAAGAUAUCAUGUCAAACAAACUAAAAAGUAUUUGGACUGAAAAUGUUUAUCCCAAACCAGCUGAAGACACAGAAAAUGAGCCUGCAGUGCCACAAACAACUGAACAAGCUCCUCCAUUGCCAGGGUAUUCACUCACACAGGUGAAAGAUACAGAAAUAGCUUCAUUUCCAGUGCCAGCAGAUACGUUCCCAUUACCAGUCCAUAUGGAUGAAGAUGUACCAAAAGAUGGUGUAAAAAGCAGCUAUGAUGGUGUUUGGGUUGAAGAUGUCUACCCAAAACCUGCCAAACUCACCAACGAAGCCCCAAUAUCACAACCUUGUGAGGAGGCUCCAGCUCUUCCGGUAUUGUCAACUGCAUUUGAGAAAGAUACUGAAUUUGACUCAUUCCCAGAGCCUUGUGAAGGUCUGUCUAAUCCAUCUUGGGAUGAUAUAGAUCUCAAAGACAUUACUCGUGAGAUUUCUUUCUCACAAGAUAACGAGCCCCAAGCUCAGGAACUUGUUUUAGAUAAAGAAAGUUUGCUGUCUGAUAUAGGAAAGCUCAAAUCACCUGAUAUUCAGGAAACUGAAAAUUAUAAAGAAGAGUCUUUAAUGUCCUUCCCUCUUCCAGUUGAACUGGGAGGAUCCGAGCUUAUUUCAAAAGUUUUGCCUGCUCGAAAAGAUUUUGAAGAAAUUCAAGUAAGUCCCUUCCCUUCACCAGAAGGAGAUGAUGGCAUUGCCCAAGUACAAAAAUCUUACGAAAUCCCGGGUAUCUUUACAUCUCCUCUUUUUGAAAAGACAACCAGAGAAAAGGUUAUUGAGCUGAUCAAACCUGAGACUGACAUCAAAUCACCAGAUCUCCCUAUGUUACCACCACAUAUUGAAACCACUGUUAUGCCUUUCCCGCAGCCUGUUGGAGACUUCCCACUUGUAACCAAAUCACAGUCUCCAGAAUUACCAGAAGACUCAAAAGUUGAAAAAAGCAUAUUCACUAUUGAAAACUACCCAUCAGUGCCAAGAGGUGACCCUGCACAGACCAUCUCGGAGAUGAUCCAUAAUGCACCUGCUCCACCAGUGCCAGUUCCAGAUUUUGCUAAAUUUGAGACUCUUGAGCCUUUUGCAAAGCCCCUAGAGUUUGGUGGAAAUGAACCUUCCUUCCCUGAAUUAGCAAAUAAAGAUAGUGACGAAUGUGAGCAGUUAGAAGAUUCAAUGCAAACGGCAACUCUUUCUUGGAGAGUAGAACAUUAUCAACACCAUAAUGUAAAAGAUGACAUCCCAAUAAUUUCUGAUGAAUUAUUAGGUGCACCAUCUUUACCAAUUAAUGUAAUGGAGACUCCUUCCCCAGAAAUUAAACCAAUAUUCCCCGUACCUCAAGGAGAGCAUCCUCAGCCUGAAUUUAUUUUACAAGACAAGAACACAAUCAAGAGCCUGCCAUCAUUUCCAGAAGCUGGAGUUACUGCAGAGGAAGGUAAACCUCCCCCUGAGUUUCCCGAGCAUGUUAUGGAAGAAGUUAAGCCACAUGCCUUCCCUACACCACUCAUAUCUGAGGCUGGUUAUACACCAAAAGAAGUAACAUCUACGUCACAGUGGGCAGAGAACGUUUAUGUCAAGAGUGAAAUUGUUAAAGACAAGCAAGAUAACAUAGAAGAAAAGUUAGAUGUUGAAUUAUCUCCCCUUCCAUCAGAGGAGCCAAAAUAUUCUGACAAAGACUCUGAAUUCCCAGUCCCGGUGGGAGAGCUUCCAAAGCCUUCUAAAAUAUUGGAUGAACCACAAGUAGGAACAAGUCCUACUGAAAUGUUCAGUGAUGUAUUAUAUUCUCAUCCAUUAAAAGCAGAUGAGUUGGGGGUUAUUGGAGAACAAGACCUUGUGCAAACGUCACCAGAUAUACCUGUGUAUGAAGAGUUGGUUUCCUCUCCAGUAGCACUUCCAUUCCCAGUUUCUGAAAAGCCAAGAGAAGAGCUAGGCAUAGGAAUGCAUGAUGAUACAAAAGAAGAAAUAGAGGACAAGGAAGAGACCCAAAUGUUAACAAUGCCUGUUCACAUAACUAGUACAGAAAAGGAAGGACAAAGUGAUGAAGAGACACAGCACUUAGUCGCAUCCAAAAUUAUGCCAUGCAAUAUUGAAAAUCAGGAAAAGGAAGAAACUCGUGCAUUCCCAGUGCCAGACACUGUUAGUGGUCAAGACGUACCUCAGGACAGUACUCAACAGUCACAAUGGACUGAGAUACUUUACAGCAAGAGUGAGGAAAUUAUAGAGGAUAAACCUAUUCCAGAAGAAUUAGAUCAAGCAGAGUUAUCACUGUUGCCAAUGAGUAGGCCAGAACAGUUUGAUAAUGACAUUCCAUUCACUUCUCCAGCAUGCCAAUUCCCACAGCCAUCAGGUAUGGUUGGGCACCCUGAAAGAGAAGUUGAAGUCAGUCAUUUGUAUACAGAGACUGUUUUUGAUAAACCUGUUGAUACAUACAAAUUUGAGCCUAUUGAAGAACAGCAGGAGAUGCUACCCUCUCAAAAAGCAUUACCUCACUUUAAAGAAACUGUUGCCUCAUCUUCAGAAAUUCCAUUUCCUGAGAUUGGUAUGCUUCUUGCAAAGGCAGAAAAUGUCACGGUAGUAUCAGAGAUUGUAGAUACUGAUGAACAGGAUAUGAAUGUACCCAAAUAUGUAGAAGAAAGAACAGAUGAUAAGAAAGUAGUAGAAGUUUUUCCCCAGCCUGUUACUGUCCACACACAGGAUACACCACAAGAUGUUUUAUCAGUUUCACAGUGGACUGGGGCACUUUAUGAUAGGAAGCAAGUGUUUGUUCAUGAUAUUAGCAUUCCUCAAGAGAGCCCUUCUAUUGAUUUACCUCAUAUUCCCAUGAAACGUCCAGAAGACUCAGAUAUAAAAAUGACCUUCCCUUUCCCUGUUGGAGACAUUCCUCAGCCUCUUGAAAGUGAGGAAGAGCUUUCAGACGUAGAAGCACCCAAGUUAUUUACAGAAAUUUUGUACAGUCAUGCUCAAGCUGAGAAAAUGCCAAGUCCAAUUGUUGAACAAGAAGAGUUAAAACAAGCUUCUGUAAAUAUCCCUGAUUACAAAAUGACUGAAACAAUAGAAGAUGAUGUACCCUCCUCAGUUCCUGUACCAGUCCAUGCACUGCAUAAAGAAGCUUUCAGUAAAACAGAAGAAAAUGUUACACAACCUUUGCCACAUAAAAAAGAAACUGUAGAGGAAUCUGUCAAAGAAUUUUCAGAGCUUAGUUUCAAUCCAGCAGACAGACCUAUAGAAAUUUCUCCUGAUUAUCUUGCUACUCCUUUGGCAGAAGUUGUUCACCCCAUGAAGGAUGAUGUUCCAGAGACCAAGGAAAUAUCUCACAAACAGGAUGAGGUUGUGCUAGCACCUGUGCCAAUGAAUGAAUCUGAAGCUCUUACCAGUGUGGCAUUCCCAACUCCCUUUGGAGACAUACCAGAACCUUCAGACAAGAUGGAAGAACCUCGGCCAAGUUUAGAAACAGAGCAAUUGUUUUCUAAUGUAAUUUACACAGAGAUAGAUGAUACAAAGAGGUUUAAACCAAUAAAAGAACAAGAUAUAAAACAAAAACAAUUAAGUGAACAAGUGGAUGAAGAAUCUAAAUAUGUUGUCUCAGAACCAUUCCCAAUACAUGGAGAGAUGCCUGAUACUGUAACAUAUCCACUUUCUCCAAAUGAAGUUGAAUUCAUACACAAAGACAAUGUAGAAGACAUAACAGAACAAGACACAAAUGUGGGAAUGAUGCCAGGCCCUUACAACACAGAGGAAGUGACUGCUAAUAUGCCAAUAGAUGUAGCAUAUAGUGAGAUAGAUGAGAGUACACCCGUGGAAAUUGUCAAAGCCAUUGAAAAAUAUGAAGUCACUGACCAAGAGGUCAAAGGCCUGCCAACUAACUCUGGAAUUACAGAGAUAAUCACAGAACCUCAGGUGACUACAACCUAUACAAUAAUUAGAAGGAGAAUCAUUAAGAAUAUUAUAAUUGUUGAGGGUAAACCAGUAGAGACUGAAGAAGUGGUAGAAGAACCCGAGGAUGUCACUGAGGAAAUGCUGCAAGAUCUACCAGCUGACUCAGUCAUUACUGAGACAGUCACAGAGUCAGGGAAAACUAUUGUCCACAAAAUCAUAAGGAGGAGAAUAAUUAAGAAGAUUAUUAUGGUUGAUGGUGAACCAGUAGAGACUGAGGAAGUUGUAGAAGAACCAGAAGAUGUCACUGAGGAAAUGUUACAAAGUCUCCCAGCUGACUUUGCAAUUACUAAGAUAAUCACAGAGCCUGGAGAAAAAGAAGUGGUAAUACCAGAAAAAAUCAUUGAUAAACUACCACAAGACCUGCCGGCUGACUCUGGAAUUGAGACAAUCACAGAAUCUGUAGAAACAGAAGUAAUGGUAAAACCACAAAAGGUCACAGAUAUUGUACCACAAAAACUUCCAACUGACUCUGAAACCACUGAGACAAUCACAGAACCUGAAGAAACAAAAGUGGUGGCAGAACCAGAAAAAGUCACUAAGAAAGUACCACAAGACCUGCCAGCUGACUCUGGAAUUGAGACAAUUACAGAACCUGAAGAAACAGAAGUGGUGGUAGAACCAGCUCAUUCUGGAACUACUGAGACAAUCACAGAACCUGUAAAAACAGAAGUGGUGGUAGAACCAACUGACAUUAGAACUACUGAGACAGUCACAGAACCAGUAGAAACAGAAGUGGUGGAAGAACCAACUGACUCAGUCAUUACAGAGACAAUCACAGAGCCUGAGGUGACCACUGUCCACAAAAUCAUUAGAAGGAGAAUAAUCAAGAAGAUAAUUAUGGUCGAUGGUAAACCAGUAGAGACUGAGGAAGUCGUAGAAGAACCAGAAGAGGUUACUGAGGAAAUGCUGCAAGAUCUGCCAGCUGACUCGGUCAUUACUGAGACAAUCACAGAACCUGAGGUGACCACUGUCCACAAAAUCAUUAGAAGGAGAAUAAUUAAAAAGAUUAUUAUGGUCGAUGGUAAACCAGUAGAGACUGAGGAAGUUGUAGAAGAACCAGAAGAUGUCACUGAGGAAAUGCUGCAAGACCUGCCUGCUGACUCAGUCAUUACUGAGACAAUCACAGAGCCUGAGGUGACCACUGUCCACAAAAUCAUUAGAAGAAGAAUAAUCAAGAAGAUUAUUAUGGUUGAUGGUAAACCAGUAGAGACUGAGGAAGUUGUAGAAGAACCAGAAGAUGUCACUGAGGAAAUGCUGCAAGACCUGCCUGCUGACUCAGUCAUUACUGAGACAAUCACAGAGCCUGAGGUGACCACUGUCCACAAAAUCAUUAGAAGAAGAAUAAUCAAGAAGAUUAUUAUGGUUGAUGGUAAACCAGUAGAGACUGAGGAAGUUGUAGAAGAACCAGAAGAUGUUACUGAGGAAAUGCUGCAAAAUCUGCCUGCUGACUCGGUCAUUACUGAGACAAUCACAGAACCUGAGGUGACAACUGUCCACAAAAUCAUUAGAAGGAGAAUAAUUAAAAAGAUAAUUAUGAUUGAUGGUAAACCAGUAGAGACUGAGGAAGUUGUAGAAGAGCCAGAAGAUGUUACUGAGGAAAUGCUGCAAGAUCUGCCAUCUGACUCCGUGAUUACAGAGACAAUCACAGAGCCUGAGGUGACCACUGUCCACAAAAUCAUUAGAAGAAGAAUAAUCAAGAAGAUUAUUAUGGUUGAUGGUAAACCAGUAGAGACUGAGGAAGUUGUAGAAGAACCAGAAGAUGUUACCGAGGAAAUGCUGCAAGGUCUGCCAACUGACUCGAUCAUUACAGAGACAAUCACAGAACCUGAGGUGACGACAGUCCAAAAAAUCAUUAGAAGGAGAAUAAUCAAGAAGAUAAUUAUGGUCGAUGGUAAACCAGUAGAGACUGAGGAAGUUGUAGAAGAACCAGAAGAUGUCACUGAGGAAAUGCUGCAAGACCUGCCUGCUGACUCGGUCAUUACUGAGACAAUCACAGAACCUGAGGUGACCACUUUCCACAAAAUCAUUAGAAGAAGAAUAAUCAAGAAGAUUAUUAUGGUUGAUGGUAAACCAGUAGAGACUGAGGAAGUUGUAGAAGAACCAGAAGAUGUCACUGAGGAAAUGCUGCUAGACCUGCCUGCUGACUCAAUCAUUACUGAGACAAUCACAGAACCUGAGGUGACCACUGUCCACAAAAUCAUUAGAAGGAGAAUAAUCAAGAAGAUAAUUAUGGUCGAUGGUAAACCAGUAGAGACUGAGGAAGUCGUAGAAGAACCAGAAGAGGUUACUGAGGAAAUGCUGCAAGGUCUGCCUGCUGACUCAGUCAUUACUGAGACAAUCACAGAACCUGAGGUGACCACUGUCCACAAAAUCAUUAGAAGGAGAAUAAUUAAAAAGAUUAUUAUGGUUGAUGGUAAACCAGUAGAGACUGAGGAAGUUGUCGAAGAACCAGAAGAUGUUACCGAGGAAAUGCUGCAAGGUCUGCCCUCUGACUCGAUCAUUACAGAGACAAUCACAGAACCUGAGGUGACGACUGUCCACAAAAUCAUUAGAAGGAGAAUAAUCAAGAAGAUAAUUAUGGUCGAUGGUAAACCAGUAGAGACUGAGGAAGUUGUAGAAGAACCAGAAGAUGUCACUGAGGAAAUGCUGCAAGACCUGCCUGCUGACUCAGUCAUUACUGAGACAAUCACAGAACCUGAGGUGACCACUGUCCACAAAAUCAUUAGAAGAAGAAUAAUCAAGAAGAUUAUUAUGGUUGAUGGUAAACCAGUAGAGACUGAGGAAGUUGUAGAAGAACCAGAAGAUGUUACUGAGGAAAUGCUGCAAAAUCUGCCUGCUGACUCGGUCAUUACUGAGACAAUCACAGAACCUGAGGUGACGACUGUCCACAAAAUCAUUAGAAGGAGAAUAAUUAAAAAGAUAAUUAUGAUUGAUGGUAAACCAGUAGAGACUGAGGAAGUUGUAGAAGAACCAGAAGAGGUUACUGAGGAAAUGCUGCAAGGUCUGCCUGCUGACUCAGUCAUUACUGAGACAAUCACAGAACCUGAGGUGACCACUGUCCACAAAAUCAUUAGAAGGAGAAUAAUCAAGAAGAUUAUUAUGGUUGAUGGUAAACCAGUAGAGACUGAGGAAGUUGUAGAAGAACCAGAAGAGGUUACUGAGGAAAUGCUGCAAGGUCUGCCAACUGACUCAGUCAUUACUGAGACAAUCACAGAGCCUGAGGUGACCACUAUCCACAAAAUCAUUAGAAGAAGAAUAAUCAAGAAGAUUAUUAUGGUUGAUGGUAAACCAGUAGAGACUGAGGAAGUUGUAGAAGAACCAGAAGAUGUCACUGAGGAAAUGCUGCAAGAUCUGCCAACUGACUCAGUCAUUACUGAGACAAUCACAGAACCUGAAGUGACGACUGUCCACAAAAUCAUUAGAAGGAGAAUAAUCAAGAAGAUAAUUAUGGUCGAUGGUAAACCAGUAGAGACUGAGGAAGUUGUAGAAGAACCAAAAGAUGUUACUGUGGAAAUGCUGCAAGGUCUGCCUGCUGACUCAGUCGUUACUGAGACAAUCACAGAACCUGAGGUGACCACUGUCCACAAAAUCAUUAGAAGGAGAAUAAUCAAGAAGAUAAUUAUGGUUGAUGGUAAACCAGUAGAGACUGAGGAAGUUGUCGAAGAACCGGAAGAGGUUACUGAGGAAAUGCUGCAAGGUCUGCCAACUGACUCUGUCAUUACUGAGACAAUCACAGAACCUGAGGUGACGACUGUCCACAAAAUCAUUAGAAGGAGAAUAAUUAAGAAGAUUAUUAUGGUUGAUGGUAAACCAGUAGAGACUGAGGAAGUUGUAGAAGAACCAGAAGAUAUUACUGAGGAAAUGCUGCAAGAUCUGCCAGCUGACUCAGUCAUUACUGAGACAAUCACAGAACCUGAGGUGACCACUGUCCACAAAAUCAUAAGAAGGAGAAUAAUUAAGAAGAUUAUUAUGGUUGAUGGUAAACCAGUAGAGACUGAGGAAGUUGUAGAAGAACCAGAAGAUGUCACUGAGGAAAUGCUGCAAGAUCUGCCUGUUGAUUCAGUUAUUUCUAAGACAAUCACAGUGCCUGAGGAAACAAUUAUUAAAGAAAUUUCGAAGAGCAUAUCGAAAAAAAUUGUUUUAGUUGAUGGUCAACCGGUGGAGAAGGAAGAUGUUUUAGAAGAGCCAGAGUUCUCUGAAGAAAGUGCCUUAGAUUAUCCAAAAGCCACUGAUAAUGAUGCUCUUUAUCAAACUGAUACAAUCAUUUCUCCACAUAUGGUCAGGAGACAAAUAAUAAAGAAAGUCAUAAACAUUGAUGGGGAACCUGUGGAAGUGGAUGAUGUUGAGGAACCUGUGGAUGAAAAUGUUGAGGAACCUGUGAAAGUGGAUGAUGUUGAGGAACCUAUGGGUGAAAAUGUUGAGGAACCUGUGGAUGAAAAUGUUGAGGAACCUGUGGAAGUAGAUGAUGUUGAGGAACCUAUGGGUGAAAAUGUUGAGGAACCUGUGGAAGUAGAUGAUGUUGAGGAAGCUGUGGAUGAUGCUGAAGCUUGUGAAAGUGAAGCACCAGAUUCUGAGCAGUACAUGAUGAAACCAGAGGACACCACAACCAUCAUUCAUACAGUAAUUAGGAAGAGCAUUGUCAAGAAAAUCAUAAUAAUUGAUGGUAAACCUGUAGAGAUUGAGGAAGUUAUUGAUGAACCUGAGGAUGUUAAUGAAAUGUCACAAAGUAGCCUCCCUCUUGAAGCUAGGAAAGGUGAUAUCUCUUCUUACCCUGAGUUACACCCUGAUAAUAAAGAAUUAAUUAUUGAUCAUUUCCCACAGCCAGCAAAGGAUUCCUUAACAGAUCCCAAAGAUGCAGGUAAUAUAUAUCUAUGGCAAGAGCAGCUUUACCCACAAGAGAUGCCACAGCAACAUGCUCAUCUCCCUGAAGACCAAGAUGCUGCUCCUGCACUACCAGAGCAUCCCAAAGAACCUCCUGUUGAUGACUUGCCAGUGUUCCCUAGAUACCAAGAAAGGUUCUCUCUUCCACAUGUAAGCCAUGAACAGCCUCUUGAGUCACCUGAAGCUCCAGUUCUCUUUGAGGAUGUGAUGUAUGAAAUUCCAACACCAUCUUUAGGUUUAGAGAGCAUUGUGAUUGAAACUCAGCCUCCCGUUUCAGCACCUAUUUAUGAGGAAAAAGAGGUAAUUAUAGAACCUGAGCUCCCUAUUCUAAAGCUCAAGCUUAAGACUGAAGAGGUACAAGAACAGCAAGAUCUUGCUGCAGAUGCCCAGCCGAUAUCCAUUGCUCCUGAUUCUACAGUAAAAGCAGCAGAUAAAUUGCAGCUCAUUUUCUCUGAGCCUGAAUAUGAAGUAAUAGACACCAAGGUUGAGUCUCCUUUAUCAGCUCCAGAACCUCCUGUCUCAUAUCUUGCAAAGGUGGUGGAAGAUAAGCAGGCCUUAGAUCUAGCUAAAAUGCCAGAAUAUGAAGUGAAAGAGGCUGAUGAUAUUGUCAAAGUAACAGAAAAUAUAAUGGAUAUCAUUGAACCUCCUCAUUCAGACAUUACACCUGAUGAAGCUGUUCAGACUCAGGCAUCUGAUUUAGAACAUAAAGCUACAGCACAAGAGCCUAAAUUUGCAAUAUAUGAGUUUAAAUUGGAGAAGGAUAUUAUCUCAAUUCCAGAUGACAAGAUUGAAGUUUUCAAAGAAGCUCAGUUCUCAAUGCCAGUUUCAGAUCAAGCAGUAACAUGUGCAGAAAAAGAUCAGGAUAUUGAAGCAAGUCCCCCAAAAAGUUCUGAAAAGGUUUUAUUGCAAAAAGCAUCAUCAGAUGCACAAAGAAUGUCCUCGCCUGAUGAGGACACAGAUAUACCAUUGUCUGAUGAACCAAGUGCUCUAGAAGCACGAGAAGUAAGCAAGCUUGAUACUGAAGAAAAAUAUAAAGAUAUAUCAAGAUCAGAAUCAGGAGUUUCAAUUGUAAUAACACCCGCUGAUGAAAUAGGUGAUACUGAUGAAAAUGAUAUUAGUAAUAUAUCACAUGAUGACACAAGUUCUGUUGAAGACGAAAUGUAUACUCCUGAGGAAAGUACUCACAUAGACCUGAAAGCUGGUGAUACAGUAUCUGUAUUACAAGACAGCGAGUAUACAGAGAUGACUCCAUUGGAGCAAAGCAUACAAGCCAUUGAAGAGCCUAAAGAGUUAGUACCGGAGACAAAAAGUGUUACUCCUGAGAGGAAAGAAAUUCUUAAAGAAGCAGAUGAGACCCCCAUGGAUGGUUCUACUAGAGAAAAGUCACCCCUUAGUUUGUAUACUGCACACUUGGAUGAUCAAUUUGUCACCAGUAUUGAAGUUUCAUCUUUACCCACUGUGGAAGGAAUACAUCCAAGAGAUGUCUCUCAGGUUAUUUCUGGUGAACUGAUUGAUGAACACACAGCAGGACCACCUGAAGUAAAGCCUCGGAGUGUGUUGCCCACACCUGAUGACCAUCAAGUCGUCAAAACACAUGAGUUCCUGCCAUCUGGGGAGUCUGAAAUCAAGCAAGACUUGCAGGUAACAUUACUAGAAAAUCAAAGUGUUAUGGAAGAGCAACCUUUGGUUGAAGAAUUAACAAUUACUGAAGAAUGGCAAACCAUAUUUGCUAUUCUAAAACGCCGUCAAAAUUUAAGGGAACAAUCAACUUCAGUGGCCCCCACUACUACACUAAUGUUAACUCCUUCAACUCAACCUUCAAGUAAAGAGCAAGGGGAGCAAGUUGAUACAAAUCUAAGCUUGUUACAAUUGGCAAUAGAAAAGAAGGAUGUUGUUGUGGUACAGAAAGUAAUUAUUUCCAUAGUUGAAACUGUAAGUACAUGGUUGGAAACUAUCGAGUACAGAAUUUAUGCAAUAAGGAAAACCGAAGAUGUUGAAGAAAGGACAAGACAGUAUGAGUACUUGCGUACUGAACUCUUCAUUGUAGAGGAGAAACUAACAGUCCUUGAGAAUGUGACAAAAUCUGCUGUAAAGGUUCUUAGUGAAGAAACCAUUGUUACUAUCAUAGAAACAGUGAAAUAUUUACGUCAACAGGUCAGCCAUGUUGAAAAAGUGCGACAGAAUGAACAAGAAGAUCUUGCUCACGUGGAGGAGCGUUAUGCACAAUAUCUCACAGCAGUUACUGAUGCUGAACAAGAAGUAUCCAAACUUAAGUGUCAACUUGGUGAGAUUCAGGAAACUCAAAUGUCACCUGAGGAAAGACUCACAAAAUUAGAAUUGCUGCUCACCACUAAUGAAGAAACAAGGGACCGUAUCACACAGUUAUUGCUUAACUCGCAUGAUCUCAAACAAGCCCCAGGUCGACAAGUUGGCGAUGAGCUGGCGGCUAUUCAGACUGAGCUCUGUGAUGUUCACGACUCUGUUGAAAAGGAGUUGGACAAUCAUCUGCGGCUCACAACUACCACCACCGAGUAUGAAGAAACUCUCAUGGAACUUGCACAUCUUAUUGAAAUGGCAGAAACAAUUUUAGAAGCAAGAGUUGUUGCUCGAGAUCAUAGUCACUUAAUUGAUACGAUUACCAAGCACAAGAAGCUAUUCCUCUCCCUUCGUCAAUGCCAGAAAGUAUUAGAAUCACUAGACACCGCUUUGGAGCCCAGCUCUCGUGUUCACUACCAGCAAUUGUACUCUCGGUCCUAUUUAAGGGCUUCAAGAUUGUUGGACAAGGCAACACAGCGCAACCAUCAGCUCUCUCUCCUGGAGGCUGAAUGGAUGCGCCUACUUAACCAAUUGAAAGAAGAGGAAGCUUGGAUGGUGUCAGCAGCGGAGCAGGUUACCCAACUUCACAUUGUGUCUGCUGACACGUACGAAGACAACACAAAUACAUGCAAGGAUCUGCUGGUGGAGAGCGUCACACACGAGGCUCACAUGGGCCAUCUGGUGGAGGUGGUCCGCAAAGUGGGAGACGCCAUCACCUGCACUCACCUAGAGACGCGAGUGAAAACUCACCAUCAGCAAACCAUGGGACUCCGCCAUGAAAUCAGUCGCUUGUUGGAGCGCCUGGAAGAACUGCACGUCCACUGGUCCACUUAUCAAACCCAAAUGGAUAAGCUGCAGGAGUGGUGUUCACAGGCCAAGAUUUCCCUGGAAAAUAUUGACCUGACUCCACAAGACCAAGAGAAGCUGAAAGAGCAAUUUAAUCAGAUUUGGAAUCUCAAGGCCCAGUUUGAUAGCCAGAGUGUACUACUAAAUGAAUGCAUGAACCACUUUGAUAAAUCAGUGGGUCUAGUAAAUAUGGCAGAUGAAACACACCAGAGACAUUUCCUCUCACAGUUCAAGAGUGAGUGGCAUGAACUUGAGGAACUUCUCCAGCAGAAGGAAAAAGAGUUACACCGGAUCCAGAUUCAAGUAGUUCCUGUUCCACAGUUACUGGUGGAAACUCAAGAUACACUCUCAAAUAUUGAAGUUGCCUUACAGAACAUUGAUACUAAUGUGACAUCAAUACAGCAACUCAGAGAUAUAUCAGAAAAUUAUAAGGUGCUGCGCAUCAAAAUUUUGAACAGUAAGGAAAACUUAGACCAUUUAACAAAAGUGUCCAGUACUGAGGACGAGCAAGAUGAAGAAACAUUAGACACCCUUGGUCGAUUGUCUCUAACUUGUCAAGAGCUGAUUUGUACUAUCCAGCAGCGUAUAGCAUCACUAGAAUACACAUUGGAUCAUGUUCAAAAAACUGUCAGCCGUGUAGAACGCAUCUCUCUCACAGUAGGACAUAUUGAAAAUACAAUGGAAAGGUGUAAAGCAGUAGAUAAAGAAGGUGAACAGAUCCUCAAGGCUGCACUUCAUUCAUGUCAAACAAUUUAUGAUAGUUUGGCCCGUACUGAAGAAGAUAUCACCAAGGUAAAACAAUGCAUGGAAACUUUAAGUCAAGACCCCCAUCACCCUUGCCAUCUAUCAGAAUUAACAUUACAAGUUGCAGCUCUUCAAGAGCGGCUUGAAGCAGUGGCAGAGAGUAUUAAUGAAACUCAAACCAACUUGAAAAAUCGCCUUGAAAUGUGGCAGAAAUUCAUGUCUUCAUCUGAUGCAGUAGAUGGCUUCCUGCAGGAAGUUGAAUACCUUCUUGAAAGUGCCUUGGACUUGCCUUCUGUUAAUAGGGCUGCAUUGAGGAAGCAUGUAGAAGAACUUCAGAACCUUCAGGGAUCUAUGGUCUCUAAUAUGAAUCUCUUAGAGAUGCUGAAGACUCAAGCAGUACAUGUGGAGAAAACCCAUUAUGUGGAGACACAACUAACACGCUGGAAUAGUGUUUCACAAAGACUAGAAUCGGUUAUUCUGCGGUAUGAAACAGCCCUGGAGUUAUGGGGCAGGUUUGUUACCGUACAGGAGGAGGUGAGAGUGUGGGUGGAGUCAAAAAUCACUCUUAUCGUUUCUCUCCAGUCUCGUGGCAUCAGUAAUGAAGAACGUUCUCAGAUUCAGGUGCUAGUUGGAGAGGCAGCGUGGUCUGGAGAGCGGGUGUCGGAGUUGAGGCAGUUGGCUCGCCAAAUCCAAUUACAUGUUGCAGAAGACUCUGCACAGGAUACACCCCUCGUCGCCGAGGUUGAGCGGCUAGGAUUUAGAAUCACUAAUUUGACAGAAGCUAUUACUCAGCUCAGCAGCAGCUUGGCACUACAAGUGGAUGCUGAAAACCAACAACAAGAGGAGGCUGCUCUACAUGAGCUACAAGCUGGCAUCAAUGGUGCAAAAACUCUUCUAGCAUUGCCUGAACCUGGGCUAGAGCAGGCGGCAGAGCGAGCUGUCCAACUGCAAGAUCAAUUGGUGACUUUGGGUAGCUCUGGUGGACCCAUUAUUGAGAGUGGCCCAACACAGGUGGUAGAAGCUUGGCAGAUUGCAGUUCGUGAUACACACUCUCGUUAUGAACAAGUGGUGGCGGGUCUUGGUGGUGAUGAUGAACAACUUGCAGCUGCUCUGAUCACUUGGAAGCAAUACGUGGAAAGUGUGGAGGCAGAAAUGAAUGCACCAGCCCCUGCCUCACGUGAGGGUCUCCACGAAGCCUCCCGCCUGUGCCAGGUUCACCGUUCCAUCCUAACCACACAGACCAAUGUCCUGUCAACAAUGCAAGAGCAAGCACAACAAGAGGAUGCACCUCCACGAAUCAAAGACCUACAAGGUCGUUUACGUGAACUUAUUCUGCGGCACAAAACUGUUCUUACUACAGUCAGUGAACGAGAGCAAAUUUUACUCCAAACUAUUGCCACUUGGGAAACGUAUCGAGUCAAGGUGGCUCAGUUGCAAACUUGGAUAUUGGCGCUAGAACAAGAGAAACAAGGCCUCCAGUUGAGGCAAGUUGCUCGUAGGCGACUUGAUAAAGUUAUCAGUAGACUGCAGUCCUUGCUAGAACAAUUAUGUCGUGGAGAAGAACAAGUAGAAGGUGUUGCAAAACUUUGCCAAAAAUUAAUGUCAUCAUGUGAUCCAAGUAUACACUCCAUCAUAAAGGCAGAACUAGCAUCUCUGCAGCAGCGUGUGACAAAUAUGCGUGCUGGUGUAGAAACUUGGCUCAGUUACCUUAACAAAAGCUCUAAACUAUGGCGACGCUAUGAAGAAGUAUACAAUAAACUCCAUACUGUGUUAAGUGAUUUGCAGGCUGGAUUGUCUGCUGAUCUUCCUUCAGAUUUCAGCAGUGUGCAAGAAACCAUCACGAAAUACCAUAGAAUUACUGCGUCUUUGGAAGCCUUAACUGGAGAUUUGUCAUUGUUAAGAACCACUCGGGAAGAGAUGAUUGAUUCACUAACUCCUGCUGAUCUUCGACUAGUUACCCAACGAAUGUGGCGGGUCACACAGUUACAAGCCGAGCUGCUCCAUCAGUACAGACUCAGAAUUAGUACCUUGGAGGAUAGAUUAGAGUUAUGGCAAUUGUAUGAUACUAGAUAUCAGCAGUUCCUUUCCUGGGCUAAGGAUAUGGAAGCUAAAAUUGAUGGCGGCUCAGAACAGUACAUUGACACUCUAAUUAGAAAACUUGAGCAUGACUAUCAAGAAGAUAUAAAGACUAAGAGCAUAGAAAAACUUUGGCUUAUAUCUGAGGGUGAAGAAUUAAUAUCCUGUAGUAAUGAAGAUCAGGCUGCUGACUUGAAAGAGAAAGUAGACAAAAUUGAAACAACUUGGAAGCAUAUUCAUGAUAAAUGUAGUAGUAGAAAACAAAAGCUUCAGGACAUUGUUACCACCAUUAACAAGGCUGAGGUUACAUUAGCAGAACUGAAGGAAUGGCUUUUCUUAAUUGAGAAAAAGCUGUCAAGUCCUGUGGUCUUCCAGAAUAGUUCCAAGAAACAAAUAGAUCAUCUCUUAGAAGCUGAAGAAGAGAUACGAAAGGAGAUUGAAAAGCAGAGUGGAACCAUUUCUUCUGUCUUAAACCUUUGUGAUAUGGUAAUUCGUGACUGUACAGAAUUUGAUGCAAAUGGUGACACAGACUCUCUGCAGGAGGCACAUCAUAAUCUUGAGCGCCGAUGGGGGGAGAUUUGUACUCGCUCUGCUGAAAGAAAAGUAUUCAUCAAGAAGACAUGGAAAAUGUGGCAGGACCUCAUUGCAGUGAACACUUCUUUUGAAACCUGGUUAACCAUGAUGGAGUCAAAAGUAAGCGAGAUAUCUGCCUCGUCGACACUUGUACCAUACAACAAAAUUGAGGAGAGAAUCUCCAUGGUCCACGAGCUGCAACCUUUGAUUCAUGACCAAACACUUCAAUAUGAAAAUCUUAACCAAAACUACAGAGUGCUGGCAAGACCUUAUGGAAGAGAAAAUAGAUUGGAUCAAGCUAAUGAAAUCAGAACAAUGGUUAAGACUUCCAAUGCACGAUUCCACAUCCUUAGCUAUCAUGUUACUGUAAUUUUAAGGCGUCUGAUGUAUAGUAGAAGAUUAUAUGAAGAAUUUGAAAAUACAAGAGAACAGUUAAUGUCUUGGCUCAAUGAUUUUGAUCUUAAAGUAUCUGAAUAUGAACAUCAGUCACAAGGAGAUCUGGAAUACAAAAAGAGGGCUCUUUUAGAACUUGUUGCUGAAUAUGAAAAACACGAGGCACAAUUAAAGAGCUUUGAUGAUAUGAUUAUUUACCUUUUUAAGAGAAGCUGCAAUUCUGAUUGUAUCCUCAUAGAAGAAAGUCUUACAGAGUAUUGGAUAGCGAGGAAACACAUUCACUCUCACCUUUUGGCCUUACAAGAAGCUAUUGAGAUUGAAAUAACUCAAAUCACAACAAUAACUACAACCACACAGAUUUUAGAGACUACUCACAGGACACUAAGACUUUCUGAAGAAAGAUCACUUCAAGAUCAGGAAGAUGAUGACUACAAAGUCCCUCUGAUGUCAGAUGCAGAGCUACUCAACUUAGAACCAACCUUCAGUUCAACAGAUAUGUCACUCAUUGGUGCAGUGGGUGGGAGGUCCUUGGCUGUAGAGAUGCGUGUUGCACUCGAUGAAAGCAAGAGACUUCUUGCACAAUUAGAAGAAGCGCUGAAAUGCCCCACACCACAAGGGGCUGAAGUUGACAAGAUGUACUAUUCCUUUUCGAAGCAACUAGCAGGAUGUCGGUCAUCUGUAGACCUUUUGAGCUCCUUGGUGCGGCAUACUGGUGAUGACAGUGAAGCAAGAGAUCUUCACCCUGAAAUAGAUGUUGUUAUAGAAGAAUUUAAACAAUUGGAGGGCCUUUCACAAGCAAAGCAACAGAGGCUCAAAGAGAACAGCGAGACGUCUUCCUUGACGUGCCCGCUGUGUUGCAGACGCAAUUGGCAACAGUUUGAAAAUGAUAUGUGGCGGCUGGAGCAGUGGUUAACUCAUGCCGAAGCUACCCAGUCAACUCAGCAUAGUCCACCUACGCCAAUGGAACAGUUGGAGGAAGUUGCUCAAGAUCACAGGGAGUUCCUGAUGGAUCUUGAUGGCCACAAGUCAGUGAUAAUGUCACUCAACAUCAUUGGCAAGCAUUUAGCUGAACAUACACGUGAUGAGAGACGGGCCACACGAGUAAGAGAUCGUCUCACUGCUGCCAACCAACGCUGGGAAGCAGUGUGUGCGGCAGCUUCUGUAUGGCAGGCAAAGUUGCAAACCACCCUAAUGGGUAAUGCAGAAUUCCAUACUACUAUUUCUGACCUGCUUGCAUGGACAGAUACAACAGAGGAGAAUCUUUUGAAGAUAGCAGCUGAAGAGGACAUGGAAGAGCCAGCUCUGCGUGAUCGCGUAGGUCGUGUUCUGGAUGUACGUGCAGAAGUUGAACGGUGUGAACCACGUGUAGCAUCUCUGCAUGAAGCAGCACAGCAUCUUCUUCCCACACAACAGGAUGACCAGUGUGCUGCUGUACGUGAGCGCCUUGCACUUCUCUCUCGUCGUCUUCAGUUGCUACUUCAGAUGUGUUCUCAACAUCUGACUCAGCUGUCUCAGUUGCUUGGUCAAGACUUCACAAGUUCUUUGGCAUCACUAGCAUCUUCAGGGCUGUACGAGUCUGCCGAGUUCUCUUUCUCGCGGCCAACCUCACCCAGCUCCCUGACAGCGAGCUUCCAUUCUGAUGCUCAUGAUGGUCUAGGUGCUGAGGGCAGCAAUGAGGGCGUUGUGCAACGCUCAUACAGGUUCCUUGGGAGAGUGAUGCGUGCUGCCCUACCUAUUCAGGCCCUAAUGCUGCUCAUGCUAGGAGUGGCCUCACUAGUCCCAACUUCUGAAGAUGACUAUGCCUGCAGCAUGGCCAAUAAUUUUGCUCGCAGUUUUGACCCAAUGCUGCGAUACCCUAAUGGGCCGCCACCAUUCUAAGUCCGCAUAUCAUGCUCGCAACUCCAAAUGGAGUUUCCCGUCUUCCUAAGGAUCAGAAAUUCGUGAUAAUUAUUUUAACCAAAUGUGACUCCAAAAACUAUACAAAGUGUCUGAUUAUUCACAUGUGAAUGAAAGUGUGUGUGUGUGUGUAUAUGUAUAUAUAUGUAUGUGUAUUACACACACACACAUUAUAUAUAUAUAUAUAUGUCGUACCUAGUAGCCAGAACUCACUUCUCAGCCUACUAUUCAAGGCCAGA